CGGGACUCAAGCCUGCUCUGUGGUAUGUUGCUGUGGAAGAUAACAGGAGGCGCGUGGGUGGGUGGGGGUGUUCUCCCGGAGCCCCCUCCCCUUUUAUUCUCACACGCGCACAGCAGAAGGAGGAAGUGGGUGAGGAGAAAACUUUGAAAGGGCCGAGCCAACUCCAAAGGGGACCUUCUCAGAAGCGCCUGGCUAAGGGUGGGUGAAAGGGGGCCGGGCUGAGGAGACCAGAAGCAGAGAGAGAGAGAAAGGAGACGCCUUCUCCUCAAGGAGGGUGAUUUCUCUUACGAGCUCGGGAAAGAGAACUAAUCCAGAGAGGGAAAGAACCCAGAACCGUUUCUUCUCCCCUCGGAAGAGAGAACAGUCCCGGCCCUUCCUGAAAGUGGGGAGUGCGGGAAGAGAAGGGUAAAAAACAAAAAAUGCCUCGAGUUUGUUUUAGGCAACCUCCCCUUCCCGGUUUCCGUCGCAGGCUCCGCAAGAAAAAAACGGGACCCGAUUAACAAACAAGAGCAGUGCCUUUCUCUUAUUAUGCAACUUCCUCAGCCGGGGCAGCCGGCCUCUCUCUUUUUCUCUUUCUUUCUUUUCCUUCCCACACGCUUAUACACCUUUUGCUCGCCGUGCAACGGCCUCGCCGCCCUCCCCUUGGGCAUUUCCUUUCAGAGACAGUGGAGGCGUCGAGGUUAUUUCAGGAGCCCCCUCGGAAAGCUGGCUCGCGGUACUUUCUGCUCUUUUGCCAAAGGAGGCGAACGGAGAACCUGGGCAGGGGGCUGGGGGGGGGUGGAACCCUGUUUUGUAGCCUGAAGCGUAGUUUGAAUUUGGUAGUUUUUGUUACAGUGGCUUCGUUGCGCCGAGAAGUUGCAUGUGAAGGACCUGCGCCUCUCUUCGACCCCUUCCGCCGCUCUUCUUAAUUUUAGGACGGGGGGGGGGAGAGAGAGAAUAUGUAGUAUCCUUAGUGAUCACAGUGUUCUCCAGAAAAGUUUCAAGUGCAGCAAAAUACGCUAUUCCAAAACUGGCCAAGGAGGGACCCCUACUGGUGGAACGGAGGUAUCCACCCUGGGGAUGAAAGUUCAAAUUCUGGCCUCCAAGUUUUGCCGUGAUUGCACUUCAGAGUUCAGAAAUUGGUGAGGUAUAUUCCAAAGGAAUGGUUUGAAGAUAGGGUUUUUUUUUGCUGCUUCCCCCUUCCAUACCAUUUCUGUUAAUACAGUGUUUUCUGAUCUAUAUGAAAUGUAGAUAUAUAAUGAAGAAUGUUUCUUAGGAUUAUUAUGAGACUAAACUUUCAUUUUGAAUACUCACACCGAACAUAAUAAACACAUCUGUAUUCAUUUCUCCUCCCUCUUUUCACAUCGGUUUCCUAAAAGUGUUAGAUCAGUCAGUUUCACUUUCCUGUCUAGUGCAUUUCUGUUGAUACAGGACAACUUCAGAUCGCCUUUGGCUGUAAUUAAAUAAAAAUGAGGUUUUUUCAAUGAAUAGUUUUAUGAUAACUGUAGGAUGUUCUUUGCAGGCAUCUGCUAUACUUUAUUCAAGUUUCUUCUGAUGGAGGAAUUGUUGGUUGCUAGAAGCAUACCACUUAAGGUGAGGGAAGGGCCUGCAGAAAUGAUAGUCUUAAAAUUCAUUUAGGAGGCUAGAAUGUACAGGGGUAUGUUUCAGAUGUGUAGAUAUGGAAAGUUGGGAAGCCUCCCUCACACGUUGGAUGGCUUGUAGAAAACAAACCACAAGCUUGGACUUGCUCCUAGACUAACCUAAGGCGAAGUUCAUAGCUUUAAAUAAGAUUCACAUAUUUUUAUGGCAAAGAAGAGCCACACAUCCAGGUACCCCUAAAGAUAUUGGAACUUCCCAUCCCAACAAUAUGUAUGAGCGGCAGACAAGGAAGGUCUUUGAACACUUUUCUCAUGUACAGCAUUCAAAGAUGCCCUGCAUGCUGGCCAAUUUUGAUAAAAAUACCUGUUUCCUUGACUCACCUCCUAAGUCCAUCUUUGUUUUUCUGAGCUAACUAUUUUAGUCAAAAUUUUGUUUGUGAUUGCAUAAGGAGUAGGAUCUCUGCUUCUGUAAAUAUUUUUUGGGGGGCAGAGAAAUGUAUAUGGAAAGGUGUGCAUGCUUCAUAUGCUGUUAAUGUUUGUAUAGCCAAAUUCAAGGUGGAGUAUCUCAUUUCAGUUUGUCUGCAUUCCUGGAUAGUGAUAAAAGGGAGUUUGCCACCUCAACUCUGUGGCACUUUUUCUUAAAAAAAUAAAUACCCCAUAUAGUAGGGUUCUCUUUCCCUUGUGUUCUAUUGGAUACAUCCUAGUUCAUUUUAGCUUUUGGUGAUGCUGGAAGUAUUGGUUUUUCCUGAUAGGGGACUGCAUGAUUGUAUCUUCACUUGCUUUCUGCAGUAUACUGUUAAAUGAAUCAAACAAAUGACAUUAAGAUAGCUUUUUCACCUCUUGUGACAUAUCUCUUGGGAAGUUUAGAGCUGUACUUAGUUGGUGUUUAUAGCACAGCUGUCAUUUUGAAGUCAGCUUUAUUUAAUCACUUUUAUAACUGUACAUUUGACAUUCCGAUCAUUUUUUGGAAAAGGGAAUUGUUUGAGUACAGUUUGGUGUUUAUUAUGCUGUAAGGGUCUGGCACUUAAGCUGUUACUGAGUUUAAUUGGGCAGGCUUCUCCUGAUGUAUGUUGACAAAACAAGUUUUCUGACUGAUAGUAUGAGUUUAUUUCCAUUAACACUUCACCUGUUUGAAAUUAUGAAGACAGGUUGUUAGAAUAGAGAGAGUACAAAAUAUAGUGAUUAAUGAACAUGGAAAGCAUAAGCAAUACACUUUCUCAUUUAAUCCUUCAGGAACAAGGUAAUCAGCUGAAGAGCAAGUCUGUGAGCAGUGCAAUAAUUCAGGAAAUGAAAUGUUUCAAAACAAAACAGUCUUGUUAAAAUUAUACAAAAAUGUAAGUGCUUUCCAUUGGGUACUCCAUUGGAUUUGGCAGGAAGAAAGAACAGGCUGGAACUGAAUGCCAAGUGCAGAAACUAAUCAUGAUCCAGUGGCAAAGAAUUGUUAAAACUUGCAUUGACACCCCCCCCCCCAAUUUAUUGUUUCAGUCUUGAUAAAGCUUGGUAUAAAGUUAACUAUUAUAAGGUUGCAGUGACACACUACCUAGCUGAAGUAACUCCUUGAGGGCUUCUAGCCAUCGCUUCAGGGACUGUCUGGUUUCCUGUGUUUUCAAUGCUGAGUUGAAGUUGUUUGCAUGUUAAGUUGGCCUGCACUGAAAAACUAUUUGCAGCAGCAUUACUACAGUAGAAAUCUGUGUUCAACUUUUUCCUCAGAGUGGGAAACAUUUCCUGUCACAACUGUAAGCAUUAGAAAAAUAUGUUUCUAUAUAAAUCUACUUCUGAUUUAGUUAUUGCAUGAGUGAAUCUGCCCUUCUCCCCCCCCCCCCGCUUUCUUUGCUCCAGGGGUAUUUUGGCUUUACCAAAAGGUGGAAAUUAAAGGGACCUUGAAGGAAGACUUCCUUGCACAUCAUAGGGCAGCAUCUUGCUUAGUUAACGUAAGCCUGAGGCAUGUGGGCACCGUGAAAAAAGAAUGACAUCCAUGGUAGGGAUGGGGGUGGGAGUUUCAUAAGUGUUAAGGCCAGAACAGCACCAAAAUAAAGUGGGGCAACCUGCAUUUUCCUUAGUUGAAACAGCUAGCUCUCCUUGUUUGCUAUGCAUGCUCAGAACAAUUGGAUAUAUGCGCAGCAGGACUCUGCAUAGGAUGCUACCUUGUAUUGAGAUAGACUGUUGGUCCAUUUAGCUCAGUAUUGCCCACACAGAUCGGCAGGGGUUUUCCAGUGUUUCAGGAUGGGGUAAUACCCUAGCUCUACUUAGGGAUGCCAGCAAUUGAACUUAUGCAUACAAAGCAACUGCUCUUAAACUGAGCUAUGACAUUUUCAGACUUACUUGAAAGUAGUUUUCUGCUGAGUUUUAAUGGAUAUUUCAGCAAAUACUGAAAACCUUCCCUCCCCAGUCAGACUUGUGAUUGUUGCUGAUUUGUGUUCAACCAGCAUUCUGAAUAUGUUUGCAGUUUGUCUUCUUAUACUUUUAUGAGAUUUUAUUAUUGUAUUUCUUUAAGGUACAGUGAUACCUCGGGUUAAGAACUUUGCUUCAGGAUGAGAACAGAAAUCAUGCUCCGGCGGCGUGGCGGCAGCGGGAGGCCUCAUUAGCUAAAGUGGUGCUUCAGCUUAAGAACAGUUUCAGGUUAAGAACGGACCUCCAGAAUGAAUUAAGUUCUUAACCAGAGGUACCACUGUAUUGCUAAACAUAGAAUACUUUAAAGUGAAUUUUUUGGGGAAAUUACCGUACUUUUCCGUGUAUAAGAAAAGGGUUUUUUACUCUAAAAUAAGGUUAUAAAUCGGGGGCGUGGGGCGUGUUAUACAAGGAUAGUGCAUAUGCGGGACGGGCGAUUGGUUGCAGCUGUGAGCAGGAGCUUGUCAGUGGCGAUUGGGUGGUUGAAGGCGGCUGCUGCGAGGGCUGCUUAGGAUUGGCUGCUGGUGCAACAAUUUUGUGACUGAUUGGUGGUUGUUCAACAACUUUGGCAAUCCUCCCCCAAAAAGCUCAACAACUCUGGGCCAUCUUCCCCCAUUUACUUAAUUUGGGGUCCCCAAAAGUAGGGGGCAUCUUAUACAAGGGGGCAGGCGUCUUAUACACGGGAAAAUACAGUAUGUUAAGAAAGGCUCUGGCUUUAAUGUGGAUAAUGUCAUUAUAUGGUUUAGUCACUAGGUGGCACGUGGUAUAGUGGUGGAAUCAGGAUCCACCAGUUGCUGUUCUGUUAUUGUUUAACAGAGACAAUAAAGUUCUUAUCUAGCUUCCUAACUGGUGUGUCAUCUAAGGCUUAAUAACAGUUUAUUGCAAACUCACCGUGCAGAUACAGUCUUGCAUGUAAACUGGGCCCAGCACACACAUCUGAGUCUAAGAUUGCAGCUGCAGCAUACAGUUAAAUCUCUAGUUUCUACAGUCUUUUUUACAAUUUUUAUGACAUUUGCUAUUUAUAGAUACUUCUUUCAUUAGUUAGUCUUACUACCUUUGCAGAAGAAUGUUUAGAUCUGAAUCUCCAAGUUCUUUACUCUUUUCUGUAUUCAAGUCCAUUUAAAAAUGAAGGUGGUUUUUUUUUGUGUCAAAUAUAAUGGGCUCCAAGAGAAGAUACACGUAAAGGCAAUUAUUUCUGUGACAAUGGGUUAAUUUUUAAAAAAAGGAUCAGCUGUCAUGUGCUUUGUCUGCACCAAGUAUCCUUCAUUCUACCUCUAGCACAUUUAAAUAACCAUAUAUUAGAAAUUGAUGCAGGGAGAAGUAGAGCCCUGUCUGUUACUUUCAGAUAAGAAUGUAUAUGGUUCAAAUGUUUUCAGGUUACGUGCUGUGAAAAGGGAAAGUAAUUACUUCUCCCAAAGUUUCAGGAGGCUUAAAAAAAUUAAAAAUAAGCAAUACAAACUGUUAAAACAUUGCAGUGAAAUGAGCACAAACAGCUUUUGAUGAUGUCUACAUUAAUCUGCAUUAAUUAGCAAAUGACAUCACUUAACAUCCAGCCUGAACAAGACUUCUGGGGAGCGCAAGAGUUUGCUCGCUAUUUUCUGACACUUUUGUUGGUUCUUAUUGCUUAGCUCUGAUUUUUGUUUUAACACAAAGAGUUGCCAUUGGUGUAGAAGAGGCCACCAGAUACUGUAAGAAGAGAGUCGUAAUUGCUUUUGGGACUCAUCCACACGACUAUUUGUCUCAUGCCUAGAGAGUACGGAUCUGAGUGGUUUUCUGCUUGACCUGCAAUUUUCAAGCAUGGGUUCGAGCGGAUUCCCCCUUGCUCCUCUCCUUUCCCAGGGAAACACCUUUUUUUAAAGCUAAAUCGGAGCGCAUGUCAAUCCAGAGAAAACCUGAUUUGCUGAGUUCUAAAGAGCAGUUUUCUCUGGGGUGGAAGCAGCAGGACAAGAGGAAAUGUGAAUAAUCCCUUAGACAGCAGGCUUUCUAAAGAAGCGCAAACACAUUUAUUGCAUUAAUUUUAAACCUCUUCACAUUUUAUGAUCCUUUCAAUAGAAGUUAUUAAAAUGCACAGAAGAGGGAAACUGACACACAACAUUGUUUCACAAAGCUACUCAACAUGGGUAACACUAUAUAGUAGUAUUCUUUCCAAGUUACUUGCAAGUGUAAAACAAGAGUCAUAUCCAGACUAAGUUGAACUCCGUUUCCAUUUAAAUUGAGGAGCUGAGUUGUUCAUGACUCGAUGUCCACUGAAAUUAAUUGGACUUCAAUUCAACCAGCUGGGUCUGAGUUCAACCCAAGUUAUUCCUGUCGUACAGACUGCAUUAUGAUUAUGGUUAUUUGUCUAGUACAGUGGUACCUCGGGUUAAGUACUUAAUUCGUUCCAGAGGUCUGUACUUAACCUGAAACUGUUCUUAACCUGAAGCACCACUUUAGCUAAUGGGGCCUCCUGCUGCUGCCUCGCCGCUGGAGCACGAUUUCUGUUCUCAACCUGAAGCAAAGUUCUUAACAUGAAGCACUAUUCUGGGUUAGCGGAGUCUGUAACCUGAAGCGUAUGUAACCCGAGGUACCACUGUAUCUGGCUGUGUUUCUAGAAUUUGCUAUCUCUGCAUUAUAAACUCACAUAUUGAAAGGUACCGUUUGAGUUGAUAUCAACAGAGGUAGAUUCUGUUUUCUAUAAGAAUGCUGUUUAGUUAAAGUUCUUCUUUUCAGAAUUUGCCUCCUUCACUAUGCAAGCAGGCUUCAAUGGUUUCAGAGGUUAUUUUGCCUGGUUAUAGAUACUUAAAGCAUUUUAUCUGGUUUUGGAAGCCUGGAAUUUUCUGUUUAUGUUAAAAUUAUUGCCAAUUAUAUAUAAUUAAAAUGGCAGAAAAAUAUACUGUACUGCACUUUAUAAAGGCAAAUACAAUUGAAUAAAAGAGCAUAACUAUUGAAUGUGUAUCCAAUAUGUAUUGAGCUUUGGUACAUGCUUAAUCGAAGUUAAUAUUCAUUGUGAAAGUGGAUGGUUCAUUCUUCUGCCUUGUCUGUUAGAAAAACCUAGGCCCAGAAUUUGAGAGUUCUAGGGCAUAUAAAAAGCAAAAAUAAAGAUAGAAUAGUUCUUUCCCCCUCAGCAAAUAGCUGCUAGAUAUUUUUCAGAUCGACUUACUACACUGAUCAUGAGUCAUAAAUAUAAGAGCUUGCCCAGGCAAUCAUUUCAAAGUGUUUUCUAUGCCAUUUUAGCCUUUGUGGGAUAGUCUUACAAGUUCUAAUCACAGAUAUUUGGGCUGUGUGGUGGCGAUAACUACUUGGGGAGUGUAAAAGCUUUGGUGCAACAGGUUAGCUAUGUUGUUGUUUCUCUCCUGCCUUUCUAAAGAAAAGCUGGAUAAGUGGUACUGCAGUGCUGAAGAUGGUGAUUAUUUAGCAUAGGAACAAGUAGUCUUGAAUAGCCCUUUCCUUCAGCCAUACAAAGUCUAAAAACUAACAUAAAUGUGAGUGUGUAUGUGAAAGGGAGGAGAAAAAGAGAGAGAAGCAAACAGGCUGAGAACAAGAGAAAAGGCCAUAAGGGUAACAUCAUUUCUACUAUAUUGAAUGAAAGUUGAAGACCAGUUACAUCUGUUGAUAAUAGGUAUUUCUGCUUUUAACUGUUUUGAGUGACGUAAUUGCAGAUUGUAAAGGGUGUUUUUUUUUGGUCUAGCUCAAGUUAUUAGUGAGUAAGAUCUACCAAAAGCAGUGGAACCAUAUUAGCAGUCUUUAGGUUUAAAUAGGGAUGCGGGUGGCUCUGUGGUCUAUACCACCGAGCCUCUUGAGCUUGCUGAACAUAAGGUUGGCAGUUUGAAUCUGUGUGAUGGGGUGAGCUCCUCUUGCUUCAUCCCAGCCCCUACCAACCUAGCAGUUCGAAAGCAUACCAGUGUGAGUAGAUAAAUAGGUACUGCUGCGGUGGGAAGGUACUGUAUUUUUCGCCCUAUAGGACGCACUUUUCCCCCUCCAAAAAUGAAGGGGAAAUGUGUGUGCUUCCUAUGGGGCGAAUGCAGGCUUUCGCUGAAGCCUGGAGAGCGAGGGGGGUCGGUGCGCACCGACCCCUCUCGCUCUCCAGGCUUCAGGAAGCUAUCCACUAGCCAUGGGAGACGCAGCUCUCCCACGGCUAGCGGAGAGCUUGUCUGCACCCAGAAGCUUGAUAGCAGCCUGUUCUGGGAGCUGGGGUCAGGGGAAGCUCAGGCUUCCCCCACCCCAGCCCCGCACCUGGGGGGGGGAAUAAUUUUCCCCCCCUUUAUUUCCCCCCCAAAAAACUAGGUGCGUCCUAUGGGCCGGUGCGUCCUAUGGGGCGAAAAAUGCGGUGAAUGGUGUUUCCGUGCUCUCUUGCUUCCAUUACGGUGUUCCAUUGCACCAGAAAUGGUUUAUUCAUGCUGGCCACAUGACCCGGAAAGGUGUCUGCAGACAAACACCACCUCCCUCAGCCUGAAAGCAAGAUGAGCGCCGCACCCCAUAGUUGAAUUUGACUGGACUUAACCGUCCAGGGGUCCCUUACCUUUUUUACCUUUAGGUUUAAAUAGGACCUAGUUCUAUUGAACUUAGUCCUCUCGGCUCUGUCAUCUGUUUUUGAGGAUAAAUAGAUUUUGUAUCUUUAUAUGCUGACUUGGAAGCAAGUCCUAUUGCAUCUACAGUGGUACCUCGGGUUAAGUACUUAAUUCGUUCCAGAGGUCCGUUCUUAACCUGAAACUGUUCUUAACCUGAAGCACCACUUUAGCUAAUGGGGUCUCCCGCUGCUGCCACUGGGCCACCGGAGCACGAUUUCUGUUCUCAUCCUGAAGCAAAGUUCUUAACCUGAAGCACUAUUUCUGGGUUAGCGGAGUCUGUAACCUGAAGUGUAUGUAACCUGAAGCCUGUGUAAUCCGAGGUACCACUAUACUGGGACUUACUUCCCAGAAAGCAUGCAUAGGAUUUUAGUCUCAGCUUCACCACUGUGAAGCACACAGCAUUCCAUGAUCUAGUAUUUUUCCCCUAAAGGGAAAAAGUUCAUGUAGUUCCAACUAGAAGUGUGGGAAGAGUCCCUUCUGGCCCAUUGUUUGGUGGGAGUUUAUUUGCGUGGGGAGUUUACAGGUUUUGGCUGUUGUAACUUCUGCAAUUUAGAUGCACAGUUUCCAGCCUCCAAAAUCAUGGAAAUUGUUGUCACCAGGAGUUUCUGACUUUUACAUUAUGGUUGUUCAAGUGAAGGAACACUGGAGUAUGACCUGGAGAGUUCAUGUGAAGGAACAAUAUAAUCUUCAUCUACUCUAGGUUGGGUUUUGGAUAAUUCUUCUCUAAUGGCCAACAUUUCCCAUAUGUUCUACUCUGUUACUGGUGCUUGUUUUAUAAGUCCAUGAGCAACAGCAUCUUAAAAUUAUUAUUACAGUGGCAAGUAUUUUUAAUCUCUGUUGGAAGCCGCCCAGAGUGGCUUGGGAAACCCAGCCAGAUGGGUGGGGUACAAAUAAUAAAUUAUUCUUAUUAUUAUAAGUAGCACCAUGGCUUUAUCAUAGGUGCUUUCUUGCUGCUUGAGGGUUGGAAAAUUCUCUGAAACAGCAUUAAAGAAAACUAGAAGAGGCUAAUUUUUUGGAUGAACUGCUUUACAUAGGACUUUUAAAUUCCAGUCAACUAUAUAACCCAGUAGUUAUCCAUCUUUGUUUCCAGCUUUAAGCAAAACACACAGGUGGAGAAUGCAGAUAACUAGAAAUGUGACAGUUUUGAUAUUAGCAAAGUUAGAUAUAGAUUUUAAGUGUUAUGCCAGAUGUAUUUCACUUAAGGCUAAGAUCCAGGCAACUGCCGGAUUUUAUAUUUUCAAAAAUUGGAACCAUUAUUUCUUUCAUUUUCCCAGCAGUCCUAGGUGCGACCUGAAACCUACAUAGCACCUAGUAGAGCCUAAUCCGGUUAAAUCUGCUAUCUCUUCCUAUCCUCCAUCCUCUUAUUUCUGGCUAAAUUUAGACUUUGUGGCAUCACCAUCUAGUCCAGUUUUCUACUGUACCUCUCUCUUCCAUCCACUCCCCUGCCCCCCGCCCAAACUUGCUUAAUAUCCAGCCUGAUUAGGACCUUUGGUGAACUCAGAAACUAUUUUGGUAUUUUGUUAUUUUUGGCUGGUUUUAAUAAAAGUGCUGAUUAGCUUUGAAUUUUGACAGGAUUUACAAUAAGUUUUAAAUAUUGUGGGGCAGGUGAAACGAUGAUUGAAAAUCAUGUGAUGUAUGGUGUGAAAGUGGCUCAAACAUAACAUUUUGUGGAAGUGGACCAGAUUUUUUAUGAAAAUGUUAGAAUUUUUAAAAAAAGUAUAAUAAAGUACAAAGACACAAAUAGAAAGACUGUCCCUCAGGAUGGGGUUCAUGUGCUGUUUCCCUACCCACCCACCCACCCACCCCAUUCACAAAAGAAAAAGAAAAAAGCCACCACAAUUUUAUAUCUCUGUUUAUGUAGGCAUACGGACAAUUAAGGGUAUGUUGGAUCAGAUAUAUCAUUUUCAUAUCUCCUGUCUUAUUUAUUUUACAGUAUAUGCACCAUGAAUGAACCAACUUCUAGUGGAAGUGGGCAAGACUUUGAUGUAUUUAGUGUAAUGGACUGGAAGGACGGAAUUGGUACCUUGCCUGGAAGUGAUCUGAAGGUAACAUUUUAUAAUCCUAAAUAGGCUCUGAAAAACGUAAUGUAACCAUAGAUGCAGAGACGUAUAUACAUACAACUUAGUGCUGUAUAAAGGGCAAGUCUUGAUGUUACCAGGGAAUGGAUAAGUGUGUCAAAACUCUCUCUCCAGGAUAUGCCACAGCUGGCCUACCAACCUUUACUGGUAAAAGAUGUUUCAUAUCACGAAUGCCACUUGACAUCCAAAUUAUAGGCUAUAUUGAACAGCAGUCACAAACUGUGGACUUGCUCCUUUAGUGGGAAGGCAACCCUGCCCAGAAUAAGUUGAACAGCACCUCAUACAUUCAUCAAACCAUCCACCAACAGUUCCUUUCUCUUGACUGGACUGAAUUUGAGUUUCUUUGGCCUCAUUCAGUCCAAAAUCUUCCUCUUGUGAUAUGUUUGUGUUAAAUAGCAAACAGAGUACUGUGGCAGUCCAGUGCUCAAUUGCCAUGGGACAAAAUAACAGCCUCCAGCCUUGCUUUCUGAAACUGUUUGCUGAGGAGGAACAGAAUAAUGAACAAAGCACAGGACUUCUAAUUCUCAGCGCGUAUACUGAGUCCGAAAGGACAUUAUAGUAGAUUAUUAUUAUUAUUGUAUUUAUAUAGAUGAUAUUGUAUGGUGUUGAUGGCAGAUACCCUCAGCAGGAUGGACAGGUGCCCCAUGAACAGUUUCUCAGUCCUUGCUAGCUCUCCAGUACAUCUUUGAUCUUUAAUGUAAUAAUCCUGUGAACCUUUGUAUGGCGUCUUCUCAGGGCAAGUGGUAGUAGGAAGAAACCCUAGCUUCCAGCCGUAUGUACCUUAUCAUAAUGGACCAGUGUCCACAAACAGCAGCAGUGGGAGAUAGCAACCACGUUCUGGGAAAAGCAAGUCAAUUUUCAGUACAGUACUGUUCUAUUAUUCUCAAAUGCCUCUUUCUGGCUCUCUGAAAGCCCUCUGAAGUCGUCCUUUACCUGAAAGAGAUGGGGAGUGCAAACAGAGAAUUCACAAAUAACUGCUUCUGAUGUUCUUGGGUUCUCCUUUCAAAGACUGGAGAGGGCAUUGAGGACUGCAGGAAAUGCCCAUGUUGCCAUGUUCUGGAGUCUGCCCUGGAAAUAUUUAGUAGAAUCAUAGAAGAGAGAGGCACCUGAAGAAAUUCAAGAUAGAGCUGUAUGAUUUGAAUCAUAAUUGAUCAGCAGUUUGAUCUACAGCAGAUUGCUUCUGGUAACUCAAAUAACUGAACUCAGGCACACACAGGGCAACUGAGAAGUCCUUACGGUCACAUCACCAACCAUUCUAGCCUUGCAGCUAGGUGUAAAUAUCUUCCUGGUUGCAAUUGAAGAGUAAUGAAGAGGAAAACCAUUUCACAAAAGAGAUUUUCUUAUCAGUAGGUAGAUCUUUACACUGAAUUGCAAGCCCUUUGAAUGUUUUCUUCUAAAAAAUUCACACAAGACCAGAAAUUUUUUAGUGCUGAGUGUUGUGUUAUUUAUAGUAAGCAAUUUUAUACUUUGCCUUGACCCAUUUUUCCAGUUUGAAGAUUGUUUGCAAGCAAAUUGAAGUUUUGUGGGCUUGUUCAGAUUUGUGUAUAACAUUCUACACUGUGAUUUCUUUUCAAGUCUAUAUUUUUAAAUAAAUGUACAAAUGGUGGGGGGGGGGAGGAAAGGGAUCUUCACAUGUGAGACAAGCAUAGUCUAGUGCAGGAUUUCGAGGUUUGGAACUUUUCCAUUUGGCAGGCUAAGCAGCGUGUUCAAAUCAGAAACACUUCAGUGCUUUACAAUUGCUGUGUGCUGUGUAGAGGACUAGAAGAGUUGAUAUCUUCUAAGCUGAAGAGCAUAUAUAAAUGUGAAGUACUCUGCUUUUUUGAAUCACUCUGAUGAGUGCACACAAUCACCAUCACCUCUGGAUUCAAGUGCUUCUAUCAAAUUGGACAAGCUGCAAUAAUUUAAAAUUGCUUCCUGGUGGAGAAGCAGUAUAUGGAGUAUUUUAGGCUUUUGUGCCUCUCAAGUGCCAUAUUUUCAAAGUGGAAAUUACAAGUGUGCCCAGUAUGUUAUCAUUGCAUCCAAACAAGUGAAUGGAUUAAUUUUUAAAUCCUCCUGAAAAUACAUAUACCCAGGUUUUUUUUUUGUCCAGAAAGAGCAGAUAGAGAACCUAAUGGCCUUGCAGGUGAAGGAAGAGACAAAGGUCCACUCAAACCUGGUUUUAUACCACCUGCAGUUAUUCCGCUUCUUUUCUUGGAAAGCCUGAUUAAUAUCAAUUACUUAUACUGGUGAUGGUGAUCUAUUAGCACUGCUUGAGUGCUGACCUUGAGAACACAUACUGGCUUUCAGGAUUAGCUUGAGAAAGGUGGAUGAAGGAAAUGUGUUAAAAGGAAAGAAAUGCCUCCGUAGGGCUAUAAUAGUAAAUUAUGAAAUGAAAGCCUUUGGGAUCCUUGAACACAAUCCCUUUUUUGUUUUUUAAGGGACUGAAGAGUUUUUGUCUGAUGAAAUUGAGAGUCUUCUGAGGACAGUUGUUUGAAAAAAUUCAGAGAAAAAAAGAGAAGGCAAUGAGAGGGAGGGAGGAGUAAAAACAACCAAUCAGGGAAGACUCUGGGGGGAGUGAUCAACUGCUGCAACCUUCUGUCCUACAGCAAAGGGAGGGAACGAGCAAAUAUUCCCAUUUGAUGCUCUUUCCCUCAAACAAGCUUCCAUCUGAUUAGGAAAAGGAAGUCACUGUUAACCUGAGGUGACUACAUUCAGGCAGCCCUUGCACAUGCACACAUGACAGCACAUGCAGAGUUCGAUGUGCUGGCGCAAAUUACAUAAUGGUCAUUGGGUGAAGAGGUCCUUGUACUUCAUUGGUGUAAACAGCAACAUGAAAAAGUGAUUUGAAACAAAGCAGGUUUAUUCUCACAGCACACACCGACCCUGCUUUUCAGGAAACGUGGGGGAUAGUAGUUGAAGUACCACACACUAUUUUGAGGCCCUGGCAUUUCCCCCUUUGCGCAUCUGCUUGAGUGUGGGCCCCAGAGUUCCUUUUCCAACAAGGAGUUGCUGGGAGAGGAAAGUAUAAUUAUAGAAAUGAUUUAGACACUAUUUGAGGUGAUAAGUAUGUAAGAAAAGGUUUUCCAUUUUACCAUUCAUGAGGAAAAAGUGAAAAAUAAAACUAUGUAUAUAUGUCCACUUUCCCCAUUUCUUGCUCCUGUGAUCUUAAAUUGAUGGUCGUAAUGGUGAUGGUGAUGAUGUCAUCAUCAGUGAGCAUUGAGCUUUACCUAGUACUGUGGUACCUCUGGAUACGAACGGGAUCUGUUCCGGAACCCCGUUUCCAUCCUGAAGUAAACAUAACACGUGCAUGCGCGUCUAUUCAUGCGCAGGUCACGUUUCGCUGCUGCCGCGCAUGCGCAUGACGCCAUUUUGAGCGUCUGCGCAAGCGGCAAAACCUGGAAGUAACGCGCUCCGUUACUUCCGGGUCGCCGCGGAGCGCAACCCGAAAAUACUUAACUUGAAGCUACUUUAACCCGUGGUAUGACUGUAUAAGACAACAGGCUCCUCAGAGGAGCUUGCUGUCUAAAAUUGAACAUUGGCAAAACAAAAGUGGUAGAUGGCUGACAAACUUUCAAAGCUGUCACUGCCUCUCUUCUCUUGUUUGCAUGGAAGGAGUUAGGGUCCUCAAAGAAAGCGCAUUCUCAUAUAUAUAUUUAAUGGGAUUAUGAUACAUGUUUAUAAUGACCACUAGAUGGUACUAGUGGGCUGCAUUCCCCCCCCCCCUUUGCACCUAUUUUUCUUUUCCCUUUUUCUGUUUUCCUAUCUGUAUAUAGUAGGAACUGGAAACGAAGAGACUGUCUGCUCAGUUGAUCUCCUCAAACGCCUCUCCUCUGAUCCCCAGUGUAUGUUACACUGUAUUAUGUACCUCAGCUGUUUCCUCCUGCUGAGACUGAGGAUGGCUUCCAGACUAUCACUGUCUUUGGAUGAGAUAGUAUCACAUACAAAUUCAGUUUUCACAGUUUUUUGGCAGCAAACCUUCCUUGAAAUACUGAACUUUUUGCUAUAAGGAAAGUGACAGGAAAACACACUGGAAAGUGAGAUAACACCUGCUUUGACACAUCAUCAUCAUCUACCGUAUUUUUUGCCCUAUAGGACGCACUUUUUCCCCUCCAAAAAUGGAGGGGAAAUGUGUGUGCUUCCUAUGGGGCGAAUGCAGGCUUUCGCUGAAGCCUGGAGAGCGAUAGGGCUCGGUGCGCACUGACCCCUCUCUCUCUCCAGGCUUCAAGAAGCUCUGCGCAGUCCUCGGGAGCCCGGUAUGAAGUCGCACCAGGCUCCCGAGCGCUGCGCAGAGCUGCCUGCAGCCCCGGGCGUCGCGCAGCUCUGCGCAGCCCUGGGGGCGGGGCUCGGGGGAAGCUCGGGCUUCCCCCGUGCCAGCCCUGUGCCUGGGGGGGAGGAAUAAUUUUUUUCCUUUAUUUCCCCCCCAAAAAUCUAGGUGUGUCCUAUGGGGCGGUGCGCCCUAUGGGGCGAAAAAUACAGUAACCUCCCCAUAAACCAAUAAAAAUAAUGCUCAUUAAAUAGCCAGCAUUGUCCCAAGAAACAAAUUGAUGAAUGCUUAAUAAAAAGGUUGUGUGGAGGGCACACACAUGGAGUAAGCAACUGAAAGGGGGAAAGGGUUGAAGUUUUGCCUGCAAUCCAGCUCAUAAAGAAGUGAUUCUGUAGACUGAGCAAAUGCUGAUGGUCCACCACUGAUAUCUCAGGAAAUAGCUUGGUUAUAAAUUAAUUUACAAAAAGUAGGAUAGAGCCGUAAGUUCUCCAUAUUUGAUAGUGUUCACUGCUGUUCAAUAGUUUUUUCUUUUGAAGGUCUGCUUUGUGAAGUACUUCAUAUUUUAAAAGAUUGUGAUUGGGCAUGUAAAUAGCCACUUGCCGGUUUGCAUAUGUCAGAGCUUUCCAAACUUUUCAUGUUGGUUACACACUUUUUAGGCAUGCAUCAUUUCGUGACACGGUAAUUCAGUUUUACAUCAUUUUGCGACACAGUAAUUCAGUUUUACUAGCAAACCGGAGGUUAAACUAACCCCUUUCCAGCCCUUGAAAGAGUGUGGGGAGCGUUUGCAUGACACACCUACACACUGCAGCUGACACACUAACCUGUCAUGACACACAGUUUGGAAAGCUCUGGCUUAUGUCAAAGGGAGGGAGUUAGGCAGUGAAUCUCGUGUAAACAAGAGAGAGUUCAAUACUUUAUUUCUUUUAGACUGUCACUGAGCCUGUAGAUGAUUAACAAACAUGAUUUUGUGGCAAACAAGCUAGUAAAAAAGAUUUGUGGUGGACUAUAACUUUUUAGGAUUUGUUUGCUUGGCUGUGAUCUGUGAUUAUGGAUUAUCCAAACUGUGAAAAAUGUUCUCAACCUCCAUUCAUUGCUUCUCUGUUUCAAGGUCAUGUAAUACUUCAGGAUUUCACUUUCCCUAGAAAAGUUUCCCUUAGAAAUGCCUCUUGGGAGCCUCAUUUGGGCAACAGACCUGACAAGCAGCGUGCAAUUUAGGCUACUGUCUUGGUCUAUGGGCACAGAUAUCGUCCUAUCCCCAGCUUUUCAUGUGUCUGCUAAUAUACAUUAACAUGGAUGUGAAGGAAGCUCCUGCAGAGGUGAAAUGUAGAAAUGUCUGUUUACUUUUCUCUCUUUUUUAACCAAGUGGUGUCAAUAGGCAUUAUGGAGGCUGUCAACUAUUAGGUGUCAAACCAUUAUAGAUUAAACAUCAAUAGAUCUUUACCUUUCUAGCAACAUUCCCCCCCUCUAAUUCUUACCUGUUUUUAAAAUUAGUUUCGUGUGAAUGAAUUCGGUGCCCUAGAAGUAAUCACCGAUGAAACAGAGAUGGAAAGUGUUAAGAAGGCUACAGCUACCACAACCUGGAUGGUGCCAACUGCUCAAGAAGGUCAGAAUCAUGAUAAAUCAUGAUAAGACAAAUUUCUGUCUUUAGAACAAAAUGGUGGUAUUCUUAAAGUUUCACUAUGACGCUGUUCCUGACAUUUUCUUUAAUAAUAGCUUCUGCUCUGGAAUAUUGAAAGAUAGCUAAUAUUGUAACAAAUUAAAUUCUGAAACCUGCAAACCACUUGGUAGAAAUGAUAGUUGUUACUGUACUAGUUAGACUGCUGUUGAGGAAGAGGUGAAAACCAGUAAAGUUUUUUGUAAAAUGUUAGCACAGAGUUGUCUAAAAGCCUGAAGCACUUUUUCAAAGUAGCAUGAACGAAUGUGCCAAUUUAAUUAUUGGCAAGUCUUGGGUAAGUCAUAUCCUUCAGUGGCAUCUUUUGCUUCGUGUGGUUUACAAAUAUGCCUGCUAGUUUUCACCAUUUACAGCCUAAAACAUUUGCUGUGCUUUCCAUUGUAUAGCCUUCUCAGAAAAUACAGAAGUACCACAAAAACUGAAGGAAGCUAGCAAGGUUGACGGGCCUCAUUUCUGUGAACGUUGUUUUCAUUCUGGAACCACAGUGGACUUUGUAGCUGGAGAAAGAUCUUGCAGCCAAAAAUGUGCACAUCAGAUUAAAAACAAGUAAGAGUUGGCAUGUGUGAAUAAUGUGAUAACUAGUGUAAAGAGUGCUGCAGUUUAAAAGAACUUGCCUCAUUGUGAAUGACUGCUUAUUGUAUGCUUGAAUUAAUUGUGGUGUUUAUAAAUAAUUUUUUUUGCGCUUGCAAUUCCUCCUUUUUUAAAAAAAAAACCACAACUUUAAGAGAUAGACAAACUUUGCUUUAGAAAAUGUAUUCUUCAAAAUGACAAUUAAUAUAGCUCCUGCUACUUUGUUUUCAUUCUAGAGAGCAAAGGGAGGACAAAGAUGUAUCGGAAGUCAACGAUGAAGACUGUUCCAAGGACACUCAAAAAAGAAAAACCAAAUCGCCCUCAAAAGGAGAAUGUAUGGAAGACAAUGUCAAGAAGUAUGAGGCAAUGGUUAGUAUGGUCCAGUUGAUAGGUUUAUAGGUUAAACUGAUCUGUGGUUGUAAAUAUAGUUUUGGCAGUUUACAGUGAUUCAAAAACUUUAUGCAUUUAAAUGACUCUUUGCUUUUAAGGUUGGAGUGUUUGAAAUGUUUAGCAAAAUGUAAAUGGAAUGCUUUUUUCUAUUUAAAUAGUCAUUUAAAUAUGUGAGUGUCCUGGUGAGAUUAUGGCGGCUGUGCCUGAUCCAACCUUAUAUUUUGGUGUCCUAAGGUUGGUCAAGUGUUGCCUGGGAGUUCUGAAAAGAAAGGCAAGUUUCCUUCCAUAGACUCUAGGCAUUUAUUUGAGCUGCUGCACACUCCCAGAGCUUUUAGGAAUGCUCAAAAGAUUUUUACGGAUACUGGUGUCUGACUGUUAUCCUGCGGGGGAUAACUAACCUUUCUGGUAUAGCAGGUUGGCAUUCAAUAUUAGCUCCACCAAGGUCAAUAAUUAUGUUACCUUGUUUCAUCAUUGUUGUUCUUAUGUUUAAAAUAACAAAAAAUGUAUAUUGAGUUAUCAUGCUGUUCCAUGCUUCUUUAUUAUAGUGAUUCCAGGCAGUGGGAUGAAAGCAUUGCUAGUCACUAUAUUACCACUAUAUUAUCAAUUAUUUCUAAGGCUGAGCAGAAUGAAUAAAAAUAGACAGGUUCUCUCCACUGGCACUGAGACAGAAAUCAGCUUAAAAAAGAAAAGAAAAAGUGGGCCAGUUAUGGAUGGUGGAGACAGUUCUUUUUGCUGCACAAAAUGGAUAUGUCUUUCCUGGGUACAUCAGACAAAGACUGUAUUCCAUGCAUGGGCCUCCCCAGCGCACAUUUCAGGACCUUAUUAAAACCUUAUUGUUCCAUUUAUUUCAUAAGCUUCUAAUAUAACACACGUAUUAGGAAGUCAGACCCAUUGACCUGAAUAGACUUGCUUCCAAAUAAAUGUUCACAGGAUUGCCCUGUAAUAUCGCGGAGAACACAUGACAAAACAGCAGUGAGCAACCUAAAAAAAAGUAUUUCGAAAAUCAGUGUUCUUCAAAGUUACUUCAGUGAAGUAUACUUUAAUUUUGCAAUUUAGGAGGAGAAACCUGAAGGGAGAAUACUAAGAGUCUCUCAGAGAGCCACACGGAAAAGGAAAAGAGAGAUGGCAGUUCUAAAACAGAGUAAGUUGAUAUGCAAGUCCAUAUCAGUAUAAGGUUUUCAUCAGUUUCUGCCAUCUAAAGGGCCUCUUCUGUGUUAUGCAAGCAAACCCAUGUUGAACACUGAGUGUGCACUCAUAAUGGAACCAUAGGCAAUUCCUGCUCACUGACAAUUUGUCCUUGGUAUGAUAUGCAUGUUUGUAAACUACGUAUUUCAGUGUGCAUGUAAACCUCUUAGAUGCAGACCUAAAAAUUUGGGAUGAUGUGUCACGUUUUGGAAAAGACUGGCCCUUUACUAUAACAGUAAUGCUGGUGUAUUUCUAGUUUCUCUGUAAAAAGCUGGGUUGGCCCAUUUUCAGUCACUAGUCUAAACCUUAAUCCAUUUGUGACGUUGUAUGCAACAAAUAUUGUGCAUUUUGUAAAGUAAGAGAUUGAAGAGCACCAUCCUUCCAAGUACUUCCAUUUUAUUACUUGGCUGAGUAACUUCCUGCUCUGGCUUUGUUAUACUGUUCCAUGGGGGAGCUUUAAAGUGGAAGUAUAAAUGAAAUUAAGAUAAUUGAAUUGCUUGAAUACUGGCAAGGAUUUCUGUGUCUCACAUAUGUGAAAUUGUUCAAAUAGUUCUUUAGAACAUGCAUUUUAAAACCAGAAGUGAGGCCCUGCUUGGUGUCUCCUGGGAGUAAUUUCAUAUCUAAACCACAUGCUGAAAGUUAAGAUAGAUUUAUAGAAACCAGUAAUAAAUAAAUCCUAGGAGAUGCCUAAAGCAGUAUAAAUCAAUUGCCACAGGGUCAGAUUGUUAGCAAAGUGGAUACAUGUAUUUGAGGAAAACAACAGGAUUAGGAAGUACCGGUUAACUCCAUAGCUUUCUACAGUGUGAUCUGUAAUUUUUGCUUUGGCAAUAACCAUCCAUCUUUGCUAGCUGCUGAUCAGCGGUGUGAAAAAUGUAGCUUUGGUCUUCUCCUUAAUGGAGUAGCACUGAAAUUAACCAUAAAUCUAAAGUGUAUGGAAUUAUAUUGUAAGAGAACUGUAAUUCAUACCGUUACAACCAUAAUGAUAGUAUAAUACAACUGCUUAUGCAGAUAAUUUGUUACAAAGCUGUGACUUGUGCUUACAUUAAGAUUUUAAUUUCUAAUUCCAGCUUUGAUGUCAAAGGCAAAGAAAACAUGGAGUUGGUCUUCGUAUUUGGAAGAAGAAAAGGCUACAGCAGCACCACCUAAGAUUUUUAAAGAGGUAUGCUGAAACCUUAAAACACUGCUUCUUUGAGGCAGACAGGGGCCUGUGUGUCGGGUAAAAAAUAGGUGUCAUGUACAAAUAUAGAAGAAGUUUGAAAUGGCUGGCAUGACCAUUUUAGCUUGCUUGCUUGCUUAUGAAACUUUAAAACAGUUCACAUAUUAUAUGACUGCAUACUGGCUCCCACACCUUUUAACUUUUAUAUAAAUUAUAUGGUGCCACAGCUAGCACAGGUGGAAUCCCCCGCCCAUCAAUUUGUAAUAGGAAGAUAUCUUGCCUGCUGUACGUCAAUGAUGUGGUGCUCCUAUCACUCUCCCGAUUAGGUCUUAACAGUCUGCUUACAGCUUUCAGCAGGUAUUACAAGCGGGAAGAGCUCGUCGUGAAUUACUCCAAGACCAAAAUUAUGGUCUUUGGGAAGUGUAGUCCCAGAUUCAAAUGGAAAAUGGAUCAGCAGAACUUGGAGCAAAUACGCUGCUUCAGAUAUCUGGGUAUUCUUUUCACUGAGACACUAUCAUGGAAGGGGCACAUUGAGGCUACGAAACUCAAAGCACAGAAAGCUUGUGGGGCGUUAAUGAAAUUCUGUUUUACCUCGGGUGGUCAGCUAUUGGAACCUGUGUUGGAAAUCUUUGCCAGUAAAGUGGUCUCCCAGAUGCUUCAUGGAGUAGCGAUAUGGGGCAAGGACCCAAAUGCCAACAAAGCCUUAGAAAUAGUGCAGAACAAAUUCCUCAGGAAAGUGCUCUUGCUCCCCAACGGGACUCCAGCUGCUCUUCUCUGCGUUGAAGCUGACGUGACAACAAUACAGGCUAGAAUUGAUUACCUGUGCUUAAAUUAUAUGAAAAUACUUCAAUUUCUUUUGGAGGAGAGAGAGACUCCCCGCUAUGUCACACACAGAACAGAAACAGUCCAAAUGUUGGGAGGCCUCUUGUCCCAAUAUCAAUUACAAGAUUUUCAGGUGACUAUGGAGAUGGACAAGAGGCACUUAAGAGGUUGUCUCUUUAGGUCCGAUGCAAAAAGGGAUCUAAUCUUGAUGGCUUCUACCAAGAUUUCGCCAUGGUUCCCACUUAUUAAAACGGAGCAUACCUGGGCCAGUUACCUGUCAAAGCUCCCACUUGCCGUGCUUAGAAUCGCUUUCACAGAAUUCCAAUUCCAAUCUAUGCCCUCGGCAGUGUUGGAUGGACGCUACGGCAAAGUACAUUAUGAAGAGAGACUUCGUCUGUGUGGGCAAUCCUGUGUGGAGGACUUGUGCCACUAUUUCAGUGCCCGUUAUAUAUAGACCCAAGAGACCGAUUCAUAAAACCCCUGUUUCCGAAUGGAACUCACUUGAAUAGGGUGGAAAGGGUGAAAUGGCUGCUGAGUGAUACUGAUGACUUUGUAACUUAUAAAGUAGCACUGCGUUGGCAGCUAAGAAGAUCAGGAGGGAAGAACUAGAUAAAAUAGCGGUCAACUGCAAAGGGUAUUCAGAUAUUUAAUUUGGCACAUUUUACUAGAGAAUAUUCUUUUUUUAUGCAACAAACAAUCUUCGUAGUUGUGACCGUGGUUUAUAUUGUAUGUGUGGUGCCUGAUGAUUUUUAUGGUUAUUGCUGUUUUUCCUUUUGUUAUUUUUCUGUUGUUUUUUUAUAAGAUAUUUAUUGAAAUUUUCAAAGUGUUACAAAAUAAAAUAAAAGCAGAAGAAAGUACAAAAUAAAAAUAGUUAACAAAGUAGAAAAAGAAAAAAACAAACCCCUUCCAACCAUAUGAAUACAAAUUCAAAAAUAAAAAAGUGACAGAAAAAAAGAAUACAAAAAUACAUCACAAACAAUUAUAAACAUUUAAAAACAAAUUCAUUAUUUUCAAAUCCUCAACUGUCAUUGCCUUCUUUCUUUGACCUCCUCCUCCUCCCUUUCUUUGUAUCCUAGUUAUUAAUUAUCCCAGCAAUCCUUUCCAUAUUUCAUAAUAUUCUAUCAUUACAUUACCCUAAACUGUUUUAAUCUUAUCUUUCUAUAAUAAAAUAAACCUUAAAGCUUAAGACUUAAAUCUUAUCCUCACCAACUUCUCAUAACCAUAAUAUUCUUUCAUAAUUCUUUAAACAUCUUUACUAAAGCCAAGUAAUUUCAUUCCAACAUUUUUCUGACAUUCAUCAAUUUUAUAAAACAGUUCUAAUGGUAGAGAAAAGAGAUACAAACAGGUCCAAUCUUCAUCCAACGUCCCUUCCUCCUGGUUCCGGGUUUUGUCAGUCCUUACUAUCCCGUCGAUCUGGCCCAUUAACCUGGCAACCUUAUAUCCGAGGCCCUCAAGUCUCUUCCAUGUCCCUUCCACAGCUCUUCUUCAUAUUUGUAACUGUAUUUUCCCUUGUCUCCUGCUCGUGGUAACUCCAGCUUGGCAAUGUUUUUAGCCCUUCUCGACAGAUCAGCCCCUUUUCCAUAUUCAACACUGAAUUCCAUAUGGUAUUUAAAAGCAUGUUUCAAAGGCCCUCCAAAAUUAAGAGCCCCCACAAUCCCAAACAUCUCACGGCCCAUUGCCAGAUUUGAAAAGUCCAAACAUCCCAGCAUAGGGGGGUCAAUCUAGCCCCCGAUUUCCAAGUCAAACCAAACUUUUCCUUUCCAAAUCUGGCUUUUUCCAAGUUCAUUUGUCAAAUCCGAAGACUCAUAUUCCUGUUGGGCCUGUUCUGUCAGGACACACUCCUGAUUUAAUUCCUGAGUGGGCUCCACAUAUUUUCCCACUGUCUGUUCAAAAUUUCCCACUGCCUGUUCAAAAUUUCUAGUCGAAGUCGCCAUCCAAUUCACCUUCUCAUGUAACUGUUCCAGUAGGGCAUUUGUUUUAUAGAAAGCACACAACAAAGCUUCUGAGUACAUUGUCCUGCAAGGUCAGAUUCCUGUUCCCACGAUUGUAAUCUGUAACAGCUGCCGGCUCCCUGGAGUUGGUUACAGUUUCACAGUCUCCCUCUAGGGGGAAAACUUCUAUUUGUUCUUGCAACAAAGUUUCCCUUUUUGAGAUACUUUGUCAAUAUUUGUUCCUUUAAAAUGCGAAGGAAAACAGUGGAAUCACUAUGUUUCUCUUCUUUUAGCUAUCUGUCAAAAACGCUUGUCUCUGGUCAAUGAGCUUCAAACGUCAGUCCUGACACCCUGCUCCAGGAUCAGGACGGAGGAAAGUUACUUUACUUUAAACUCACUUUAAACAGUCCGAAAAAGAUCCCCCCCUUCUCCUGCUGUCGAAGGGGGGUUCCACAAUUUUAAAUGAUGAAAUCCGAUCCUUUAAAGGUGAUUUUCUGAGCUCUAGUUUACGUUGUCUUUGCUUUAUUCUGUUUACAAAAGAACGGAAGGCUGACUUCCUGUUUAGACCUUCCCGUUCCGUACCGAAUUAAAAUAGAUUUUUAAGAUCUAAUUCUUUUCUGCUCGCAAGUCCUUAUUUAAUGUCCAGUUGUUCAAAGUCUAAGUACUCACGGGUGCUUAUUUUAAAGUCCAAAUUGUCCCAGGAAAAAGGCAGCGCUCUCCGGCAACGGCUAUGCGGCUUCGCUCCACGGAAAUAGCAGUUGACUCACAGCACCGCGCCACUUCCCCCUCUUCACUUCGGAGCCCGUUAGUGGGUUCCUUAGCGAGUUGGGGGAAGCGCUAAGGGUGCCCGCCGAGUCCCAUGGUCACAGGCUUCAUCCGCCUGUGAUUUUUGAGUGGGUCCCCGCUUCGCCGUAGCGGUAAAGACCUGUUUCCCGUGGAGCUGGUCCCUCCAGUUCAGAGGGAAUCCGCCAUUGCCGAUGGCGCCACCCCGGAAGUCCCUUUUGUUCUUUUUCUGAAUGAUACCAUGGCCUAUGGCUAGCGCAAUAAAAGUCGAUGAUGAUGAUGAUAUGAUGUUUUACAUGGUAAAUAUUCAAUUGGUAAUUGCAUUAGUGUGUGUUUAAUUUGUCUUGUAAUGAGCUGAGAUUAGGUCUUCUCAAAAAAAUUCUCUCAUGGAUGGUUAAGAGAGAGAUAACUUUUUCAGUGGUUACACUGAAACUCUGGAAUGCCCUUGCAACUGAGGUGCAUUUGGCCUUUUAUUGCGUUCUUUUAGAUAUUGCUGGAAACCAAUUUGUUUCAGUAAGCUUGUAAUGGUUGGUUGACUGAUCGUAUUGCUGACUCAGUUUCUAAACAGCUUUAUUAUAUAUAGUGCUGAACUGCUGCUUUAAAUGUAAAUGUUGUGUUUUAUUGUUAAGGUUAUGUAUUUAUGUUUGCUUUUUAAUGUCAUUUUGGGUGUGUAACUAUAGAAAAGUGGGAUAUAAAUAUAUUGCUACUAUUACAAUAUGCUAUCUGGAAGAAACAAAGGUGAAAAUGACUUGUAUGUAUUGCCUGUGCUUUCUUCUGUAUGUGGUAUGAUGGAGCUUGGGUGCAUAAAUUUUCCCCAUUUUGGAAGCGUUUUAUGUGACAGAUUUAAUAAAGAAUCUGGGUAGCAAUGAGCAAUGUAAAAUUUAUCUAGUGCUGCAAUCUUGUAUGCAGUUGAGUUCAUACAGAUCACCUAUAUUUUGACAUAAUGCAGGUGUCUCAUCUAAAGCAUCCAUGACAGGUGACCAACCUCUGCAUAAAAACCUCCAAUGGAGGAGAGUCCACCACAUUUCGAAGGAGUCUGUUCCAUUGUCAAGCAGUUCUUACUGUCAGAAAGUACUUCCUGAUGUUAAGUUGGAAUCUCCUUUAUAACUAGAAUCCAUUGGUUUGGGUCCUGCCCUCCAGCUCAGGAGGAAAACAAGCUUUCUCCAUGGCUAUCAUAUCUUCUCUCACUCUCCUCUUAUCCAGGCUAAAGAUACCCAAAUUCCUCAACUGUUCCUCAUAAGGAUUGGUUUCUAGACCCUUGAUCAUCUCUGUUGCCUUCCCCUGCACAAGUUCAAGCUUGUUAAUAUCCUUUUUAAACUGUGGCACCCGGAACUGGACACAGUGCUCCCAAGUGUGGUCUGACUAAGUCAGAAUAGAGCGGUACUGUUACUUCUCUUGAUGUGCGCAGUAUACUGUUGAAGCAGCCUAGAAUAUUUGUCGCCUUUGUUACUUGUCGGGUACUUUGUUACAUCUGUAGGGUACUUUGUUACAUCUGUAAAGGUAAAGGUAAAGGGACCCCUGACCAUUAGGUCCAGUCGUGACCCACUCUGGGGUUGCGGCGCUCAUCUUGUUUUAUUGGCCAAGGGAGCUGGCGUACAGCUUCCGGGUCAUGUGGCCAGCAUGACUAAGCUGCUUCUGGCGAACCAGAGCAGCGCACAGAAACACCGUUUACCUUCCCGCCGGAGCGGUACCUGUUUAGCUACUUGCACUUUGAUGUGCUUUCAAACUGUUACAUCUGUAGGGAAGCUUUAAUGGCAGUUCCAUUUUUAUUAUUGCAGUGGUUUCUAAUUCUGGUUAGUUGAUUAUUUCUAACAACAGCUAAUAUUGAAGCUGAGAUAGCACUUGGCAGAAAUUAAAACUGAAAGAGGAACAGUGGCGGGAUUUUGGAUUCUAGAGAUGGGCAGGAAGACUGGGAAUUCAGUGCAUCAUCUAGCGGCCUUCGCACAACUUCUUAAUGGAGGAUAAUAAUAUUUCUGCAUCAGCCCAAAGGUUUUGCAGCAUUUCAGUCCAUUUUUAUUGCAGCAAACAACAAUGAGAAUGAGGCAGGAUGCACAUGGAAAAGUUAUGUCAGAUGUCAUUAAUUCUUGUACUUUUUCCAGGGAUAAGCAGGAACCAGUGGGAAUCUAAAAUCCUGUUUUUGAUAUCAUCCUUGGAAAAGUUACAUAGAUCUAAGAGACAUAUAUAAGAGACAACUGUAAAACCUUAAAAACACUGGCAGGGUUAGAUUAACUCUAACAGCAUAUGGUUAACUAGAUAAACAAACAAAAUACAUGAUGUAAGAAAAUGUACGAUACUUACCGAAGGGGUGGAGGGAAGUCUGAAGCUCGGCAGAGCCAAAGAUGUAUGUGAAAUUUAUUUGUAUAUUGAAUGCAUAUUUAAUGGAAAUUAAUAAAAAAUUAUUGAUAAAAAAAAGAAAAGUUACAUAGAUAAUCUAUUCAACUUCAAUUUAUUUUGUUUAGUUCAUGGGAACAUUAUCACUGCCUUGCACUUUAGCUAUCUGUUUAGAAGUUCCUAGAGGUAGAAGUCCAGAGGUAGAAGUUUGGUACAGUCAUGGUACAGGUUUCUCACACUGCCACCAGACUUCUUCCAUAUUUUCAUUGGGCACAGCUCACUGUGGAAAUACAGUGGUGCCUCGCAAGACGAAAUUAAUUCGUUCCACGAGUUUUUUCGUCUAGCGAAUUUUUUGUCUUGCGAAGCACGAAAAUCCCAUAGGAAUGCAUUGAAAUUCAAUUAAUGCGUUCCUAUGGUCAAAAAAAGUCCAAAAAAAGCCAAAUUUGGUACAACAAGAGUUUAUUAAGUGCUCGUUAAAGUCACACAUACUGUAAAGAGCAUUUCAAAAAUUGAAGGAACAAUAAAUUAAGUUUCUAAACAUGACAGAAAAACAUUUAAAAAUCAACAGAAAAUCAUAAAAAUGCAGAAAAAAACCACACAAGCUUCCAGAUUUUUGCAAACCCCUCCUCAACUGUUCCCCCAGCCACCCACCACACAGAAAUUCAAAUCCAGAUUUUUUUAAAAAAAACAGCAGAGUGGCCCAAUGGUCACAGAAAAUCAUAAAAAUGCAGAAAAAAAACACAAGCUUCCAGAUUCUUGCAAACCCCUCCCCAACACCAAGUCCUUGAAUUCCAAACACCCCAACCCAAAAUCCAAAAACCCCAAAAAAGGUUUUAAAAGUUUAAAAGAAGUUUUGGAAACGCUUCAAAAAUCACCUAAGUCUUGAAAAACCUCAAAAAGGCUACCACACCGCGUUCUAUGAGUUGCUCCUCGACGUCAGGUCGCAACUGUAUUAACGGUGUUAAGAAAAAGGAAACAAACUUGCAAGACGUUUUCGUUUUUCGUCUUGCGAAGCAAGCCCAUAGGGAAAUUCGUCUUGCGAAGCAGCUCAAAAAACGGAAAACCCUUUCGUCUAGCGAGUUUUCCGUCUUGCGAGGCAUUCGUCUUGCGGGGCACCACUGUAAAUUAAAUCAAUCAAACACUUCUGUCUGACCCAGAGUUCCCUAUAUCAGUUGUACAGACAGGAAGGGAAACAAGAUGAGUACAAGAGUGAGUGGCUUUUGUGUAUGUUGCGUUCCCUUAAUAUCUGAACCCAUAUGAUGGCAAAAGGAUGUCUUAUCAGCAACGCACAUGGCAGUUUUUAAUAUGGACUUGGAAGAUGAGAGAGAAGCUACUACAGGGAACAUCCAUGGCGGACUGAGACCCAUAUUUAUAAUACAGUUUUUUAUAUUUAUCAAAAUUACAAAGCAUUUUUAAACUUCCAUGUAGGUUUGUUUUAAAUAAGUAAUUUUUUGAUCUGUUCAGUGGAAAGAUUGAGAUCCACAUCCCCUUGAAAUCGUUGGCCAUCUUUUAGAAAUGUUUAUGCUAAACUUAGAAAAUUUGACAUUUUUUUCUUCCAGUAUCAAUCCUUCCCAUACAACAAGAAUGGAUUCAAAGUUGGAAUGAAACUAGAAGGGGUGGACCCUGAGCACCAGUCAAUGUAUUGUGUGCUUACAGUAGCUGAGGUGAGUACCAGAAGUGACAAGCAGUUAUUAAUAGCUUUAAAAUGGGAUUAGAAAUAACACCAUAAAAGCUGGUGGCCAUCACCUCACCUUUUGGUACCAAAUUCCAUAGUUUUAAUUACGUGUUGUGUGAAGAAGUACUUCCUUUUAUGUGUGCUGAAUCUCCCAUCAGUCAACUUCACUGCAUUCUAGUAUCAAGAGAGGUAGAAAAUAGAAGAUAGUGUUGAAAAGAAAUACCAGCGUUCUCAUUCAUAUACCAUGUGUAUGCCCAAUAUACCCUGAUGCAAAUGUGGACUAAUGUGCAUAUACUACUGUGUUACAACCUUACUAUCUGUUUUUCUAUUGUGUCUAUGUAUUCUGGUUGCUCCCCUUUUCAGGAUAAUAAGUAAAGUUAUCUCAUAAAAAGCUACAACAUUUUGUUUGAGAACUCUUCGAUUCUGACUGCACGUAUACCAAUUUUCUAAUACUGACUUUUUGGUUUAAAUGUAAACACAUUUUUCCUUUGCUGUAUUCUUUUUUCCUACUAUGGAUUUAGACUUGUGGUUACAGAAUUAGACUUCACUUUGAUGAAUACCCAGAGUGUUACGAUUUUUGGCGGAAUGCUGAUUCUUCUGAUAUUCACCCAGUUGGUUGGUGCGAGAAAACAGGACACAAACUUCAUCCGCCGAAAGGUAUUAGAUUACCAACAAAAAAAAUCUGUGUCAUAUUAGACAAUUGCUUUUUCUAUGAAUUUUGUAAAAGUAGCUGAGUGCUGGUGCUGAGAUGUGCUUCUCACGCUGGGUACUAAAACGCCUGUGUAUGGUGGCUCUCUGUCUAUUGAGUGACAUUGUAUUCAGGGUCACUACUGGUUACACAUGGAGUAACAAAGGGAGGUAAGCAGCCCCACCCCACCCUGCUUCUAGGAUUGCUACUGUCCAAUUGCUGUUCUCUUUGAGGGAUAAAUCUGGACAAGGAGAUCUAAUAGUAUUUCUUAUACCGCCCGUAGGUCUGAAUGGGUAGAUGUCGUUCAGAUGGGUAAAUUUAUCAUUUCCGUUGGAUGCCUUUGAGCUGAUUUCUGAACUUCAUAGCUUCAUGAGAACCUGUUAGGAACAAUAAGCUCUGUUUUGUAAAGCAAUAGGAUUUAUGGAGCAUUAUGCUGCAGUUCAAGCUAAAGUCCAAAUGCACUUGGGACUAAGCUUCAUCGAACAGAGUGGGACGUAAGAGUAAGCAUCUAAAGGAAUUUUUAAGACACACAGAAAAAAUAGUGGCAAAAAUGGUGGUGGAAAAACAAAGUGUAUCAGGCCACCCAAGUUAGAACCUAAAGUCCUACAAUCAGAAAUUUGCAUCUGAAAGAAUAAUAAUUUGUAAAUCAGACUAGGUUUUUUUUAUAUAUAGAGAGAGAGACUUAUCAGAUCUCUUUUCUUAUUUAAGAGUGCAAUCCUCCAGUUCAGCAUAUAUGCAGUUUUGUUAUAGGUCUAACAAAGUUGCUUUAUAAUGCAUCAAAAUAGGUGUCCACUCAAUUGAUUUAAACCCAGGUUCAUUAGGGUUUAAUCCUGGCUAAGUGGGUAUUAACAGUCUUAGACACAGUGGGUUGACCAUAUAUAAUGCUAAAACAUACCUUGGCAUUACAUUAAUGAAACUUGUACUUAACCUAACUGCACACUCUUGUUUUAAUCUGUUACUUGCACUUUUCAUGGACACAACAGGAUACCAUUGAAAUGAAACUAUACGUAAGGUUCCUCUGGACUAGAACUGCAAACCAUACUUAACAAAUAAUCUAAGGGACAACUUCCUUUUGUUCUUUGAGAAGAUGAUAAAUCCCAGACAUGUAUCUUGUUCAUUUAUAAGAGCUGAACAGAAUUCAUGAGCAUGCAUUGUCUGUAAAUAGUAUCUAGGCACUUCAUCUCUUUACUAGAAAACGGAUGACUGUGGCUUAGCUUUAAUUUUUUUUUGUCUCAGUAGAGCUUUCAGUAGAAGCUUUUGCAUUCCCAACUACAGGAAUAAUUUUAAAGUUACAUUUUGCCAGAUUAGGCUGGAGGCUCAUAAGGCCCUCCAGCUAACUGAGGAGAGAGAGCCCUUGGCAUCUUCUGAGUCACACUCUAGGGCGGUGGGCACUCUAAAGGCUCUCCCCAUGUGUUUAGCCACCCCUCCCAGGGUCGCUUUUUCACAAUAGAACUGUACUACAUGGAAAGCAGAGUGGGACAGACUGGACAAGACUAAAUUAGUGAUUAAGAUUGCAAAGAACAUUAUACCUUCGCAGGUGGCAUGAUGCAGUGAUUGCAUUUUCUGGUUGUAGAUCCUCCUGUAAUUGAUCCCUGUGGCAGAAGGGUAGAAAGGGCCCUUUAUAGGAGUUUUGAAGCAGAUGCAGUGGCAUUCAAGUCAGCCACCACAGCUUCCCUUUUUUCCUCUGGCUUUAUUUAUUUAUGUAUGUGGGUGGAGGAGCUGAAUGCCAGGGAUGAUAUCUCCCAGACAGUUAAGGAUGGAUUUAAGAAUAUAUACUACUACUAUGCCCUGGCAGCUGGCACCUCCUUUGAUGUUUUUCAGUUUAGGGCCUCAUAUGGCUUCCACCACCAUUGUGCAUAGAAAUGUGGGGUUGCAGCAGUGAGUUGUUAGUUCCAGUUUGCAGGCACAUUGUGUCAUCCUUGCCUCUCUCAAGGACCAAGCUGUUUGUCAAGGCACUUGAGGCUCAUCUUACAGAGUUGCGGGACAAAACCAAGCAGCCCCACAUUUUUCAUCCUUCAGGGUAGUUUUCCCUCCCCAAGAGGUUACCAGCCCUACAGACUUAAAUGGGGGAUAUUCUUCUGUGUCAGAUUUUGCCACUGCUUGGUUCCAGAGGGCAGAAAGAAAUCCUCAGUCUAACUACACCCGUUGUCAGGAGCUGUCUCCAGUGGAGGCCUAGCUCCUUCUUUUCCUUACCAUUGGAAUUACGUCAGCUCAGACAAGUGGGUGAUUGAGAUGGUGUUGAAAGGCUGUGCCCUGGAGUUUGAGCAAUUGUCAUGUGAAUACUUCAUUCGAACCCCUUGUUCUCAGCAGCCAUCGAAAUAUUGCCCCCACCUUGACCCUACUGUUUCUUUUAUUGUUUCCUCUUUGAAUAGCUCUGGUUCCAGUUUUUUACUUUUGCUUAUUUGGGGAUGAGAAGUUGUUUUCUGCUCUGCCAGUUGAUCUGGAGGGUGGGAUAAUUCCUCCCUCUAGAAGGGGAGGAUAGAGUCUGCCUAUCAAGUCCGGUAGGAGGCAUCAUCCUCAAUACAGAAUGCCCUCCAACCAGGUCAGCAAAUUGCAAGAAACAGUCUCUGUUUUCCACUUAAUUCUGGGAUUGAAUGAUUUGGCAGAGUGAAACUGAGGUACUGUGCUAACAGGUGUGACUGCAGUUGACACAAGUGCACCAUAAGUUUAAUAGGUAUGGCAUUUUAUCUUCUUCCUUUUCAUGGGUUUCUUUAGGAUAUAAAGAAGAUCAAUUUAAUUGGCCCUCGUAUCUGAAGAAAUGUAAGGCUCAAGCUGCUCCUAAAUCCUUGUUUGAAAACCAAAACGCAGUGAGUUUUCUCUGAUUAUCCCAGCUUCUUUGCUGAUAGUUGCUUUUUAUAUUAUGAUUACAUUGUUUUUCUGUUAGUACUAUGACUCAAACCCUUAGUCUAAAACAAGGGAAAAGGCCCAAGUAAAUACAGAGUUGGGUUCACACGCAUCAAUCCCUGCCUGUUUUCCAUGGUGAAAUUCAAACUAUUUCCUUAUGUUGAGGGAGAUAGUUCAUCUUAUAUCCAAGACAAUCUUAUGUGAAGCUGUUGAUGCACAGUAACACAGUCCACAGAUUGCACUCAAAACAAUUAGAUAGGUCCUGGGUGGAUACAGAUUACUAUUUUCCCACAGGUUUGUAUCAAAUGUGUAUGUAAUACUUGGCGAGGCGAAAUAGACAACUGGCUUACAAAGUGUGCAGAGAUCAGGAGCAACUACUGUAAACAGUGGCUUGUAUCCAUCACCUGUUCAGGCAGCACAAAACCACAAAUGGCCAGUAAAUCUCUUUUGUUGUCAUUCCAAAAUGGACAGGGCGUAAUAGUUAAGAAUUUUUUAAAAAGAUUAAUAUAUGAUAAAGCAUGAUGCUGAAAAUUGUUUUAUUCUACCACUUUCAUGUGAAUUACUGGCUCAUCCAUACUGCUGGGACUCCUUUCUUUUUAGUAGCAAGAUUGUGGAUUGAUUGUGGAUAGUCAAGAGACUUUGGGAUGCAUGGUUUAUUAUUAUUAAUCUGCAUUUCUUUAUUUCUUUUAUGUAGUGCUUUAGGUACUUAAAUAGACCAGUUCUCUGUUCACUGUUAAUGCUUGUCCUUGAUUAGACGGUGAUUCCAUCAGGGUUUCGAGUGGGGAUGAAGCUUGAAGCAGUAGACAAAAAAAACCCUGCAUUCAUAUGUGUUGCUACAGUAACUGACAUUGUGGACAGUCGUUUUCUGGUUCAUUUUGACAACUGGGAUGAGAGUUAUGACUACUGGUAUGCCUUUUUAAAUAGCUUGUUUGUUGGAAUGAUAAGCAUCCCCAAAAUUCUACCUUGUUAAUUUGUUGUUUUCACUCCCCACCCCCCCCAUGGUUGCUAUGAACAGUAGUGCCUAUAUUUCCUUAAGAUGUCCCUAGAUUUUUGACAAUGCAGUGGUACCUCGGUUUACAAACUUAAUCCGUUCCGGAAGUCCGUUCUUAAACCAAAGCCGUUCUUAAACCGAGGCCUUCUUUCCCUAAUGAGGCCUCCUGCCACCUGUGCCCUUCCACCAUUCAGCUUCCGUUCGUAGACCAAGGUAAAGUUCGCUAACUGGAGCAUUACUUCCGGUUUAUCGGCGUUUGUAUACCAAAUAGUUCGUAAACAGGGCUGUUCUUAAACCAAGGUACCACUGUAGUUGAAAGAUGCAAAGUAUUAUAUGGUCUGAUUAGUGUGUGCAUCCCCUCCCUUAUAAAGGUUUGCAAGAGCUGUUAACGUUUGAAUUUCUUAGUUCUUUGCUGUGGGUGGGGAACUGGAUAUGACCGCUGAGCCAGAUCUUUAUAUCUCCUAGCCCCCAGUGGGCCAUUAACAUCAUGCGAAGUGGUGCUUUGAAGCCUCAACAAUCAGCUGUUUGUCAGGACUUCAAAAUGCUGCACAGAACUCUCUUUGCAAGGGCCCAAAUGGAAAAGCCAUUCGAGAAGUUCUCUGCCAGGCGAAAGGUCACAGGUUCUCAAACCUUCCCUCCUUCCUAAUCUUUCCAGCAACAUUGCACUUGCAUGUGAUGGCACGGCUGCUCAUGAGGAGAAGGAAAGUUGCUAAUAUAGACAAGGCCAGCUGUGAAAUAUUACACAGAGAGCAUUCCUUCUAGCAUAGUGACAACACCAACAAUAUGGAUGACAGUUGCACAUUAAGUGGCAAAAAGCUGUCUGCCAGAAAAAUAGUUUGCUCUCACAUACACCACUGAUCAGUGAAACUAGCUGAGCUGGUUACUUAGGAAGAGCAUCCUCUCAGGAACUAAGGAUUUUAGCAUAGUGUCAGCCAGAAUUUUGGAACAAUGUUCCUAUUGAAUUCAGAGAGACACCCACAAUUCUGAUGCUGAAAACAUUCCACCAAGCAUUUUUAGAGUUUUAAUUUCAUUCAGCGUUGGUCAUUUGUCCUUUAUUUUAUUACCUAAUUAUCUAAUUUUAUGAUGUUUUAAUGAUGUUAUUGUACACUGUCACAAUACUCUUUUUUAUUAGUUGGCAGUGUAUAAACAUUCAUAUAAAUAAAUUAAAUUUCCUCAAGAUCUUAUCAAACGAUCAUCAAAAGAAAUUGGAUCUGCAAACCAAUAAGCAGGUCAAUGGUAGUUCCAUUAUACUUCGUCUGCAGAACUGUCUUUAUGCUUUUAUAAAGCUUUGGCUUAAACGUUCAAUUAAAGGAUACCACGUUGUAAUGUAAAAAGCAUAGGGAAUGCUGUUGGUCCAUCAGAAAAAUGUCAAAAUGCACAGUUGAACAAUAACUUUACUAGAGGCAAAGACUCAGAAAUCGUGAGCAAGAAAUGUAUCAAGCGAAUAGAAAGAGAACCUACCCAGCUGACGCUGACACAAAACCCCACACAUACACUAUAGAAAAGAAUAUAAAUUCCCCCCCCCACUCUUUUUCCCUGACCUUAUACUAUACUCAACACAAACAUCUCAUAACAAAUGUAACUGAUCUGUAGAAAAGACGUAACAACAUGAAUGAAGAGACAAUGCACGUACUUUUGUAAACCAAGAAAAUCUUUAAUAAAAAUUAUUUUUUAAAAAAGAAAUAGUGAACAAGCAUUUGAGUUCUCCAUAAAUCUUCCUUAGAUUGGUUUUCAAAUUGAGGCGAUAUUGUUUCUCUCAUUGGCUGUGUUUGCACAUGACACUAAGCCAAACCUUGGCUUCAUGCAAAUGUGCAGACUGCCAGGGAAAGUAAUUUCAGCUGCUUUGCUCGUCUCCAAGCCUUUCAGCACAGUCACUAAGCCAAGGAGCAAAGUGGCUGUGAACACUUCUCAGGAGGCAGCACGUUUGUACCAUUCUAGAAAGCCCGAGGUACCACUGUAGUCUGAUGUUUAGGCCAUGAAACCUUCCAUCUCCUUUUCCUAGUGUGAAUGAAUGCUGUCCCAAUGCUUGGCCACAGAAACGGGUGACCAUUGCUUUGCUUUUAACACGUUUUUCGAUACUCUUGAGCUAGUCAUUCAUGUUUAAGUGUGAGGCAGACUUGCUUAAGGAGGUGGGGUUGGUUGCUAGGAGAGCUUGAGAGCAAAGGCAGAAUAAAACUGCAGAAUGUCAAAGGGCAAAGAAACUGAAGAUAAAGCAGAAAAAAAGAAAAUAUACCCUGGAACAGAAGAAAAAGAACCUUUUCUGAAGACACAGGGAGGUUGUUUAAAGCUGCUGCUUGAUCCCUUCGGCAUUACGUCGUGGACAUGCUGCAUUCAAGUUCUGUUGAAAGCACUGGAAUUUGACUUUGACUAGCUUGUCUCAUUGAUUUUAAAUGGGAUAUGGGCACCUUUUAAACAUUACAGCAGCAUCACGUUUCCCAGGGGAUCAUCCCUUGGCAGGGCUGCAACUUUUAAAGAGCUUGGAGCAAUGCAGGUGGUCCCAGUGGCACAGGCUCCCAAACAUGAAGUUGUGAUUGACCCAACACCCACGGUUGCAGACCUUUUCACUCAUUCCCCCCCUAAAGUAUUUAUAUUCAGUCUUUCAGAGCAGAGCCCUCUCAAGGGAGCUGGCAAAACACAAUUUAAAUGCCAUAAUACAGUUUUUAAAAUACAAAGAGCCAUUUCCCAAAUUGAAAUGUCAGCAGCUUAAAACAAGUUUUAGAAGCCAAGCUCACAACAAACUUAUUAAAAUGCAUACUGAAACAGAAAUGAUUUUAGGGUCCAUUUUUAAACGAUAGGGCAUUUUAUGCUGUUUUUGUUUUGGGAGUGCUAAAGGCUCGGGGCCACCACCAGAAGGCCCCGCAUAUAGUGCCUGCCUGUCUGGUAGACUGUAAUGGGCAGGCCAGCUAGCAAGGCCCCAGAUACUAAUCUUAGAGCUACCUCACAUGGAUGUAGGUAGACCUUCAAAUAAAUAAUGUGGUCCUUUAAAAAGUUACAGCUACACUGGAAUGAAUCCACAGGAGAGUGGCCCCCACACCUGGAAUCUGACAGCAGAACUUCAUGUUUCAUGGAAUAAUAGAAUCAUAGAGUUGGAAGGGGCCAGAAGGGUCCUUAGUCCAACGCCCUGCAAAACAGGAAUCUUGCCCAACGUGGGGCUCGAACCCAUGACCUUGAUAUUAAGCUGACUGAGCUAUCUCAGCUGCCUUAAGCAUGAUAUGCAUUCCCACCCCCCAAACUUUUGUCAAGAAAAACGAAUGUAAACAAACUUUUGUCAGGGAAAAGUGUCUUCAGACUGAAUGGAAUACGGGUAGGUACGGCUGUUUAUUCCUAAAGGUAAAAUAUAUGAAUAUUUUACUUAUUGGAAAUUAAAGCAGGUUGGCUAUUGAGUGAGGGAAAGAAUUGCGGAUUUGUAACAUGUAGUUCUUACCUCAACUUUUAUGUUGCUCUCCUUUUGCUCAACGUCUAUAAAUACUUUUUAAAUUGUUUGCUAUUUUAUUAAAUGUGAGAGUUGAAAAAUGUAAAUGAGAUGAAUGGGUUUUCGUUUUAAUUUUGUGGAUGCUAGCAGUUUACUUUAGGUUAAAAAAAUAAGUUGUUACUCUCAAAAGCCUUCAGGAUACUCAGAAAUGCUUAGCUGGGCUGUGAGAAGGGAAGAACCACCUCUUCAUAGAGCAGAGCAACAUAUGAUAUUUCAGCAUUUCCUUAAAUUAACUUGACAUAUGUUCAUAGUGAGUUUGACAUCUGAACACUAGAUGGUGCUAUAAGAUGACUUGUGUAUUAUUAGAGCGAUUCCUCUUUAGCAAGACCAGUAUUCAGAACAGUGUGUGUGUGUGUGUGUGUGUGUGUGUGUGUGUGUGUGUGAAUUUCUGUCUCUAUACCCUUUCCAUUUUGUUAUAAUUCAGCUGUGAAUCAUUAUUUUUUAAACUGUUGAAAUACUAUUAUUAACUGAUUACUUACAAGUCAGGGGCUCAUGGUAAUACAAGUGCUUUACAAAUGAGAGAGCUCUUUUUCAGAAAAGAAGAAAGGUUCAUAAGCAUAUAUACAUUAUGCCAGAGUCUUCAGACAGCAUUCUGUAGAGUUGCCUAUCAAUCUUACUGAACUAGAGAGCUAAUUCUACCACAAUAGAACAAUUUGCACAGUUUGUAUUUUAUUGGCUUAAAUGUUUGCUUCUCCAUAUGCUCGCAUAUGCAACUCACAGCAUCUAAAAACAUCUUCAGACAUACAAAUUGGAAGAACAAAAAAGCUACAAAAUGUAAGCUUGUAACUAGCCACUCAAAUAGUUACCUAUGGUGAAUAAAAUCAGUGCAUUUUAUUCUUUCUCCCCCACCCCCCAUCCUUUUUGGGUUAUAUAUUAGUGUCUUAGGCUUGUGUUCACAGGUAACCAUUUUUUCUCUGGGUAAUUUCUGAAUGGUUUGUAAGGCAGAACCAAUUCUUUAGCUGAAUUUUUUAGGCCAGAAAUUAAUGUGCUCAGACAAAAUUCCUUUGAGAGGCUGUUUCUUGGAGCUCCGGAGCUUGUCUAGCAUUUUUGUUUACAGGCAGCCCAGAUCUCUGUUGACCAUAAGCUGCUUUAGACAGACCCUAGGAAGCUGUUUAAGACAUUUAUAGAAAUGAAAUCUAACUAAAUCAACAUUUCUCCCGUAGGUGUGAAGCAGCUAGUCCACAUAUUCAUCCAGUUGGCUGGUGUAAAGAGCACAGAAAGACCCUUGUAACCCCUCGAGGUCUGUAUGAAAGAGCAUGUCUGUGCACAACUUUAUUUCACAAGACUAGAAAUUGUAAUGUGGGAUUACUUAUAGUAAAAAUCCUCUCACUUUAAAAGUGAGCUUGCAGGGACAAUAAUGGGAGAAGGGAGAGAAUAAAAAUGUAUGCCAGAAUAUUAUGUACGCUGGAAAAGGUGAUAUCCUGAUCAUCCUUAAAGUACUUAAGAUUUUAGAGGUACAUCCAGAAGUGGCUUUGUUAUGACAGAUAGUGCUUCAACUCACACAAAUCAGGGCACCUGAUUCUUGCCUUUCUUCCAAUAGCAACUUAGGGACAUAGUGGGCAGCUGCCUUAUAUUGAGUAAGCGUAUUGGUCCAUCUAGCUCAGUACAGUCGUUCCUUGGAAGCCGAACGCCUUGGUACUUGUAUGCUUUGGCUCCCAAAUGCUGCAAACCCGGAAGUGACUUUUCUGGUUUGCAAACGUUCUUUGGAACCUGAAUGUCCGGUGUGGCUUCCGAACGUUUUGGAAGUCGAAUGGACUUCCGGAACGGAUGCCGUUCGACUUCUGAGGUACGACUGUAUUGUUUAGACGUGACUGGCUGGAGAAGCUGGAGACUGAGGCCAGGACCUUCUACAUGCAAAUGAGAUGCUCUACUGCUGAGCUACCAUUGACUACAACCCUUAACUGUGCUGAAUUUUAACAGAAUAGGGAGCUCAUGUAAGCCAUUAUGUGAAUAAAGUGAAAAGACUACCAUGCAAAAGAGAAAAUGUGUUACAGAAAACGGUAAUAACUAGCAGAUGAGAAUCAAUAAACUGUGGAAAUCAUGAAUAAUACCUUGGAGCUAUGAAAUUAGAGCAUGAAAAUCUUCUUAAAUGUACUAUAAAUAUUGAACCUGCAAGUGAUGUAAUUGUAGCUUGCUAGUAGAGAGUUUUGUAAAAUAGCCCACACAGAGUGAUGGUGUAAUUCACUACCAUAUUAUGAGUCACUUGGAAAAGUAAUGCUUUGUAAGCUGUUACCUUUUAACAGUAUGCAUUUUAUAAACAGAGAAAACUCAAAUUGGCUUUCCCACAGUGACAAUAUUUUCCCUCAUGAUAGUAGCCAGUAUGAAGCUAUAUUCUGCAUUUACAGUGUUGGUGGAAAUUUUGUCUAAAAAGCAGCUUUGCUAAGAUACUACUGGCUAGGCAGGGGACUAUCUGCAUUUAAAGCUGAUGUGUAACUCCAAAGGUUCAGAUUAGUACUUGACUCAGUAAAACGUUAAGAGCUGGAAUGCACAGGCCUUUUAGUUUUCGAUGCUUAGAUGCUCAGAGUCACAGCAGAAUUUUGUCACUUUUGGUUCUUUAUGUAUUCUAAUAAUUCCAGUCUAUUUUAUACCUGAGAUUCUAAUAAGUGGAGUUCUCUUAUUUUUAAAUCUAUAGUUGUAAUGAAGCCACUGUCUUGACUGAACGAACUAUUCUGAUGUCACUGAAGUCCUUUUUGGGAUGUUCAAUCACAUGUAGAAGGAGUGGGGCCCUGAUGCUGGGCAGCCCUGACAUGACAAAAGUUGAAGCCGGUCGACGCAGUGUGUUAGGUUUCAAAGCGUUUUUGAAGCCUGUGUUUACAGUAACAUGAGUACCAUAUUUUUUGCUCUAUAGGACGCACUUUUUCCCCUCUAAAAAUGAAGGGGAAAUGUGUGUGCAUCCUAUGGAGCGAAUGCAGGCUUUUGCUGAAGCCUGGAGAGCGAGAGGGGUCGGUGCGCACUGACCCCUCUUGCUCUCCAGGCUUCGGGCAGCUAUCUGCAAGCCUUUGGAGCGCGGCAGGAGUUCCCGUCGGGCUCCGAAGGCUUGCGGAUAUCAGCCUGCAGCCCGAAGCCUGGGGAGCGCAGUGCCAACUCCCACUGCGCUCCCCGGGCUUCAGGCAGCUGUCCGCAAACCUUUGGAGCGCUCCCCCAGCCCACAAGCUCCGGGAGCGGUGGCAGGGCUGCGCAACCUUGCCUCCGCUCCCGGACCUGUUUCCGCUUCCCCCGCCCCAGCCCCGCGGCUAAAAACGAAGCCGCGCACAGCCUCUCCCGGCUGGAGAGGUUGUGCGUGGCUAAAGAGGAAGCCAAGACAGCCAGCGGGAUUGAUCCCAAGUGAAUUGAUCCCAAUUGAAGCCAAGACAGCCAGCGGGAAUAAUUUUUUUCCCUUUAUUUCCCCCCCUAAAAACUAGGUGCGCCCUAUGGUCCGGUGUGCCCUAUGGAGCGAAAAAUACGGUAACUGCCAAACAGCCACUUUAAGGGAGUGGUGACUCAAGAGAUGCUUUGGCGUAAUUACUUUUGUCCUGUCUCAAGCAAUUGGAAGAUGGCAACCACUUGGUGGUGUCCUAGUGCCCACUCAAGAAAAAGGGGCUCACCUCUGGAAGAGGAAGUGGCACGAAGCAGCAGAGGGCCGAGGAAAGAAGAAGGGGGUAGGGAAAGAAGAGGCAAGAAGGCAAAUGAAGGCUGAAGGAAAUAAUGCAGAAAAGGAAGGGUAUUGAAGGAAGUGAAUGUGUAAACACUGGAAAUGAUGUAGUUGAAAAAGAACAGGGAAAAUAUGAAGAGAUAGUCCCAAUGAAUAUGGUGUGUGGGAGAAGCACACAGACAGGUAAAUAGGUGGCCUUAUGCAUAUAGUUGUUAGGAGAACAACCGAGGAACAAGCAAAAGUAGGAUUAGAAAAUGUGCAGAGGAGAAAGGUGACUGGGAUCGUGUGAGGAUUAAACGUUCAUUUAUUGAUUCAUAACUGCAGGACUCUGAUCUGCUCAGAAUCCUUAAAAUAAUUGUUACUGAGGGCCGCCAGAGGCUUACUUCUACCAUAACCUUUUAAUCAUUUUUAAAGUUCAGGAGCUUCUCUUUGAUGAUGUUGUGUUUUAACUGUAUGACAACACACAUUAGAGUAAAACAUACACAUCCUCUGAAAACUAGUCAGAAGGAGUGAAAUAAUAUGAAAAAUAGAUGUGGGUCUUCUCAAGGUGAGAUAUGAGAGAGGUGGCUUCGGGAGCUUGGGUCUCUGUCCACAGGGAGGCUGACAAGUCCCAUUAUUCAUAUUUUGCAUUGCAGGAUGGCAGAAGGAGUGCAAGCAUAUUUAUUUAUUCUUCUGUUGCUUCUUUAAACCUAACAAGUCCUGAAAAACAUCCUAACUCUGUGUUGCGUGACAUAAUUACAUCUUGUAUCAUCAUUUAUUUUCCAGACUAUCCACAUGCCAAGCAUUUUUCUUGGGAGAAAUAUUUGGAAGAAACUAGUUCUUUACCAGCACCUGCCAGGGCUUUUAAAGUGGUAAGAAAAAUGUGCAGUGUUCUCAUAUGCCUAUCUCAUGCUUCAUGGCUGUUCCUAUGCUUCGUGGCUUCUACUGGUAGAAGCUUCUCCUGGGAGGAGUUCUGCUCAUGUGACAGUAUAGGAAAGAAGAGAGGGGAUUUUCAGUGAUACUUCCUUUUCCCCUGCAGCUCCCUUGUGCCCCUUGAAAAUCUGCUUUGGAGAACUGGCAGGGCAGGGGCUCCAGGAGAAAGGAGAAUCAUCAAAUAGUAAAUAAAUAAAUGCCUAUAAAUUAGUGACCACCACUACCUCGGGCCCAAACUCUACACAUGUGUGAGUGUUUUUUCCUCCAUAAAUUGCCAGAGUGGAGAGGGGAAAUCCAGAGUGUGGCACCACUGCGUGGAAUCCUAAUCCAUAUUGUGAGCAUGCAUAGCUGUAGUUUGCGUUCGGGAAAAAGCUCAUUUGCCCCAAAGCUUCCUUCCCCCUCUCAAACACAAAUUGCAAGUGAGGGUCCGUAGUCCAACCAGCUCCUGCAUGCUGGCAGUUUAAGAAAGAAGAGACUGAUUCUAUAAUUAGCCAUAAAUUCUAUUAAUUCACUGUGCAGUAUAUGAAUAAUUCCUUCCUUUUUCUAUUCAGAUUCUGCUGGCAGUCAGUUUUGUUGGUGACCCUCACUUGUAGUUUUUUGAGAGAGGAAGAAAACUUUCCUUCUAUCCACACCAUUCAUUGUUUUAUAAAAUUAUUUAGCUUAGGUGUUUUAUAUAAACAUAUAACCUUAAUGGUUUAAAAGCUACCAAUGUUUCAGCUUUGGAGGCAAGUUUCAGUUCAGCAGGUACACAAAAACAACAGCUAAGUAAAUCAGAGGGUUGAGGGUAAGAGAGAAAUUGGCAUGAUCAUGAAGCCACAAAGUCUACCUUUUGGGACAGUCUUAAGAUAUUCUGCUGGUGUCUUGGCCAGUAAGUCAUAGCAAAAUAUGAAAAAAAUGAAAGAAUAGUAAAGCAGGCAGCCACAGUAACAACAAAGCAGACGGCAAACACGUUUAUAACUGAGCUAUAAACAAAGUAGCAUAUAAUAGUAUAUUGGCUUUUCAGCUUGCAAUCAACAUGCAUAUCAAAAUAAUAAUAUUGCUAUUUUGUAGCUGUCAAGGCAAAAUGCUCAGGCAAACGUUUAUUGGGUAUGUCUUUUCUUUCUCCACCCUGCUGUAUAAUGAAGAAGCUAAAUAAUUUCUCCCACGAGAGGUAGAUGUGGGAAGUGUAGAUUGAAAUCCCAUCAAAGCAUUUCAACAGUAUUAAAAGGGCUGGACAUAGGAAAAGGGAAAUUUGCAACAACCAUUUCCUCCCACUUCCCACUCAUAGAAGUCUCAGCUGGACCAAAUAGCUUUUCAGCGGUGGAAGAACACAAUUGCAUACAACACAACGUCAUUAACAAAGGGUUUUUUUUAAAAGCUAUGAAUGCCAGUUUAAGUAAGUGCAUAUGCUGUUUUAAAUUUUUAGUUUAAUUGACUGCAAUUAUUCAUUGUAAACUAUGGGAGCAGCUGUAACAAAUCUGAUUAAUGUUUUUUUUUUUAAAAAAAAUUCUUUUAUAUUUAUUUUCUUUUGGUUAUUUUUAAUAGAAAAGAAGGAUAUAAAUAAUAAGCAGCUCAAUCUCUUCUUUGUUGUAGAAACCUUCUCAUGGAUUCCAGAAGAAUAUGAAACUUGAAGUAGUUGACAAGAGAAAUCCUGUACUAAUCAGGGUCGCAACCGUGGUAGAUACUGAUGACCACAGAAUUAAAGUAAUUCAUACUUUUAAAUAUAUUUUAAAAUUACUGUAUUGAACAACAAUCCCUUCUGAGUGGUGGUAUCAUGUUACACACACUGUCCCACAUGGCUUCUCCAUUCACUCCCAUAGAAGGGAGAACAAACAUCCACAGGCGUAGAAAUUAUUUCCUUCAAUUUAAAGUGAAUGAAGAAGCCUGCAAACCCAGCAGUUCCAUAAUCACACAUGAGGCUUUAGUUCCGGCUGAGUUGAGCACUAAUCUCCAGUCAUUUUACUGCAAAUUCCACCUGAAAUGUAUUGCUUGGUACAUUGUGUCCAAAAAGUAUUGAAAUAAAGGUAUACGUUCAGUCAUAUCCUAUUUCACCUUGUACGAUGCUAGUCCUUCAGACCCCCAUUCAUUUCCUCUUAGAUAUGAUAUAAAAAUGAAACAAGCAAGGAAAGAAAACAUUUAAAACAUUUUUACUACCGUACGUAUUUUAAACUCCAUGACUUGUUAACAGCGCUUUUAUCUGCUGGUUGUUUUUCGGAACUACUUUCUUGCAUAUCUACAGUGUUUGGUAUCACUUAUGGCUUGCAGGAAGAGGAAUAAUUUUAGAAAACCAGAACUAGAUGCCUCAAAUAAUGCAAGCUUAAGUCCUCAAAACUUUCAUCCUGUUCUAGAUAGUACUUAACCUUUUUAUCAUCAUCAUCAUCAUCAUUAUCAUUAUUACUUAGUGCAUAGUAACAGUAUAACUGGUGUGUUUGGGGCAGGGGAAUUUCAGGGGGAUGUGGGUGGGGCAAAAAUUGUGGCGGUCCAUCAGGGGCUCAGUGCCCUAUUUUUAUUGUAUGCCUGUGACUGCAACAAUAGGAUCUGUCAAAAGCACUGGAGAAGCUUCACUGUAUGGUCAGCGAGCUAUGUUUAACUUGAUGCAUCACAAGUUAUUCUGGCAUCACAUAGACUCAUACUGAGGACCAUUCUGUACUAAAGAAAUUGUUAAGCUCAUGCAUCAACACUUUAAUAAACUAGUUGUCAUUGUGGUCUAUUUCUUAUCUCAGUAAAUGCAAAAGCUGUUGUAACUUGUAAGAUGAGAGCCUGGUAGAUAAUUCUGAAUUACUUGACAAACUUUUUCUCCCACACACCCUUGUCCAAUACAUAAUGCCUGAAAUUUGAACAAAUGGAUUCUCUUAACCAUUAUGUUCUCUAAUGAAAGCCAAGCACUCUUGGAGAUUGCAUGGGAAUAGAACUUUGCUUAAGUUUGAAAUGAAAUAUUCCUUUGUGUUCUAGGUCCACUUUGAUGGCUGGGACAGUAUUUAUGAUUAUUGGAUUGAUGCAGAUAGCCCUGAUAUCCAUCCUGCUGGCUGGUGUGGGAAAACUGGACAUCCUCUUCAGCCCCCACUUAGUGAGAUGUUCUAUAAGAUAUAGUAGAAGUUUAAAGAAAGGAUAUUGAAUACCUGCCCUUUGUUUGAUGCCACCUCUGUAAUACUGAAUAAGUCUAGUAUGCAUAACAAAGCCAGUAUCUUUGAAGCAAAUAACCUUGGUACUGGAGACUGGGAAAUAGUGAUAUUCUUAAUUUCUGACUUGAUAUUAAAUAUGAAUUCACGUUACUCCAGAUCAUGGCAAAAUUAUAGCUCUUUAUAAAUUCACAUUCUGAACAAAGGAUGAACAGUUUUUGUUUUUGUUUUUAAAAACCUUUGUUAUGCCUUCAUGUGCUUAAUCAAUUGAUCUAACCCUUUUGUUGAUUAAAUGUUGCAUCCCUAUUAUUUCACUGUAAAAAAUAGAAACCAGUAUAUGAAUGCUUUUAAAACAUCCUCUAGAUUCUGAAGAAAUAUUUCUAAAGUAUGUGAUUGACUUAGAAAAAGUGAUGUGGCAUAUUAGAGCCAAGUCAGUUACUGCUGUAAUAGUUUAUAGAAUCAUAGAAUUGUAGUUAGAAGUGAAUACUUGGAGGAUCAGUUGAGAAUAAUGCUUGCUCUUGGAAACAAUUGAUAAAUUAACCUCUUAAGUUGUAGUUUCCUUAUUGACAAAAAUUUUCUGGGCGGAAGAGGGUGUUCAUUUUUUGCAGGAGGAGUUAAAUUUUCAAAAACAAAAUAGAAGAAAUAAAUUCUUAAUAGCUUGUGAAAGAAAUUGCAUCUAUAUCCUGAAUGCAGGAAUAUUUAUGUGCAGAAUAACAUAAAUCAUUGUUUGAUUCAAUAUUCAUACAAUCGAGUCAUAAUUUAUUAAAGAACAAAAUACUUGUCAGUUUUUGACUAACAAGAUAAUGAAAUAGUUGCAGGAGAUUUUAGUAAGGUUUAAAUAUUCUAUCUUGGUAAUUUGUACUUGUUGGUCUUCAGCAUCUUAAACAGAUGUUCACUAGAGUUUGCCUAAACGUGAGACAUAACUUCCAUUCUUACAAAUGACUUGCAUCUUACCUCCCAUAUUAUUUGUAUAGGUCCUUUGGAAUUGGUAGAAGCUUUAGAACAAGGAGGAUGUCCUACAGCGGGCUGCAAAGGAGUUGGACACAUAAAAAGAGCCAGACAUACGGGCCACCACAGGUAUGUGUGAAAUAGCUAAACUUGGAUGUCCAAUUAGAAUCUGCACAUACUUGAUUUCUAACACAAGCUUAUACACACAUCUCCUCAGAAGAAAGUUCCAUGAAGUUCAAUAAAACUUACACCCAGGAAAUGGGGUAUAGAAUUGCAGCCUUAAUUGCUGUUUGUGAAAAAGAAGAUGUGGACUAGAGGAAGAAAACAGGAAUUCAGGUUACCUCUUUGGAAUGAACAUGGAAAGGUUUGGAACUUCAUUGGUACGUUCUGGUUUAAAGCUCAGUUGUGUGAUGUAAUUCUUGCUGGGUUCUCUCUCUCUUUCUCUCUCUCUCUCUCUGUGUGUGUGUGUGUGUGUGUGUGUGUGUGUGUGUGUGUUUGCGUGUGUUUAUAUCUUUAUACGUACACAAACAAUGUAGCCUAUCUUUACAGAGUAGUUUUCACAGGUUUGUGCAAUUGGUGAGCACAUCAGUGUUUCAUCUUUGGGUAUCUAAGUGCGCCUGAUAGCCUCUAUUGAAGUAAAAACAUGUUGUUUUGUCACUACUGUCAGCUAGAUAGACAUAGUUAAAUGCUAACUUGGUUAAUAUACCCAUCUGUGGAAUGUACCCCUUACUUUGUGCCAAUUACUACUCCUUCUGCUUAAUCUAGAAACCAACACUCUUGUUCUUCGUUGUCACAGAGACUCACUCCUUGUAGUACGCUACUGGAAGGAAUUUUUUUAUUUUGUUUAGAAAUGCGUGUUUCAGAAUUUCUGAUCUAAGCACCACUCAAAAUAAUUGGAAUACAGAUAAAAUAUAUUAUUAGUUUCUCCCCCUGCCCUUUCUUCAGGCAUUUGUCAAUGUGUGUUCAAUGAGUGAGAUGGGAGAAGUGGAGACGGGGGGACUACCCCCUCCCCCUGCCUCUGCCCCAUUGCUGUGCCCAUUGCCCUCCAUGAAUUGGAGCAACUAUUUGCAGUAGGGGGACUUGUUUGUACAUGCGUACAUAUAUACAUAAUAUAGCAUAUAUACAUAGAUAUCUGGUUGAAGAUGAAAAGCAUCAAUAUAAAGCAGGUCAGCACAAAUAUGUACUAUAUUUGUUACUACAUAAUGCUAAGGAGAAAGAAAACUAAUUCAGUUAUAACUUGUAUUUGCUGCUACUGCAGUCUUACAAUUCAGUUUGAGUACAAAUUCAACUAUAUUAAAAUUACUGGGACAUUUAGUUCAAUAAGCACUCAGGGGAAAAAAUAGCAGGAGCCUACAGGUUUCUGAAUCCAAGUCAUCCUAGAAUCCUCAGAUUGUGUCCCACUGUCCACUUGAAUUAAAAGGACAAUAUAAAAUGGAUAUAAUUAUCUACGUCAGGCUUUAUUCCGUGGGUUCUUUCAUCUCAGCGCUGAAAAUGUACUUUUGAAUUUUUUAUGACAAGGUGCAUUUAUGCUGUCAGAGCAUGUGUCUGAGAGUAGGCAGAUUGGCCAUUUUCUGAGUGUUUUGCUUGAGCUGGAUGAAACCUGCGGUGAUUAAUUAUGGCAGGGUUAAAAUGAGCACCUUUGAAAAUGUAGAUGUUAAAAAGGGCUUUGGGGGUUCUGCUUUGCAGAAAAGUGUUUGGCCUUGCAUACAAAUGGGAGUGUCUGGUGUGUUUAUGUGAGGAAUUGUGUAUUGAAUGUCUUACAAAGUAUACCUUAUAAUACAAAGGUCAGCCAACGUAGAAUUGAUUUUAAGAUUCCUGUAUAACUCACCUGGUUGUGGAAGAGUGUGAAAAUCUUCAUAACCUCAGAAGCCCUGGGGGGGGGGCAAGGAGCUGUCCUGCAUAACUUCCCGCCACCCCAACACUAUAAUCCUACUUUCCCUUUCUUCACUCUCUUGUUUGUAAAAAAAAAAACCCUCAAAUUGUGUGACUAUUUAGAUUGACUAUGUUCUGAGUAUUUAAGCCCACAUGCAAACACAGUUUCCCGUCCACCCGCUGGAAAGAUUAAUCACUAUGUGAUUCAUUCUCUUAUUUUUCUAGUGGAAAUGUCACUUGUAGUCAUUGAUUGUGAAGAUGUGGACUCCUUCUCUUGUCUAUCAACAGAGUUCACAAAAACACUGUUGAUUACAGAAAUGCAAUGUUUCUGUUGCUUUGCUAUAUCACUGGUUUCAUUUCAAUACAACGUGGGAUUUACUAUGCUGUUAGACAUACUUCUGAUCUGUCUAGUGCUUUUUAAAAAUUAAAGCCUUCACAAUUCCUCAGUAAAGAGGAUGUCAAGUGAAUCAUAUAAUUUCUUUUUCUUCCAAUUGUUUUUUAAGCUGUGUAUUCAUUUGAAGGGGAUAUUGUAUACCAUUUUGUUCUGGUGUCAACAACCCAAUGUAGGGUAUAACAUGAUUAAUUUUUGAUGAUUUAUGGUUGGCUUGUUAAAUGGAGACCUGGAGGCUGUGCUGCUUGGGAGGAUUUACGAAUUGAUUUAAAACACCAACACAGUGGUUUAGAGGAUGGCGAAACAUGCUGCAAGCUCAUGCAGUCCCUCUUCCUCCUCCUCCGCCUUUCUUGUGUUUCCUCUUCCUCCAUCUCCAAGUUACUGUUAGUUUUUAAUGACAUCUGAACUGAACAACUAUGGUUAAUGGCAACUUCCAAGCUUCAGUGGUGUAGUGGAAGGGAAAAUUGGGCGAAUGCAGCCCUUCUGCUCUUUCCAGAGCAGAAGUGAUGACAUCAUUUGCUGGAGUACCAGGGUAAUUGAUGGUGUCUCCUGGCUCAGGUGAGUGACUGAAGAGACAAAGAGGCUUUAGCUGGCUGAAUAUCUUUUGUUGAUGCUUAAUGUGUUUUGCAAGUUUAACCUAUUCAUUCAGAAGUCAGCACCCCUAAGUUUAAUGGACCUUACACUCAGGUAACUAUAUAUAGGACUGGAGUCCUUCUUGAAAGACUAGACAUUAUUCCUUCAUUUCUGUAGUAAACAUUCCUUGCACAGCUACCUUUUUUGACAUCAGUUUGGAUUCUCCUUUGAGGGGCUAUGGAUUUAGGGUUUGGGGGUGUGGCUAUGGGGACUGUCAUGAUUAACUCCUGCAUUCAGAGUUUACCAAGACACCUAGUUUGUGCUAAACCAUAGUUUGUCAUAGUUGAACAUGGUUAUGGCAACCCAGAAAUGGAGAAGGGAAUUCGUUUACAAAGGAAGAGAGAGAACAAGCCUACUUGUAUAUUUCUCAAACUGAGCUUGUACUGCUCAUGUGAAAGUCUCUUUUUACUUUGCUUUAUUAAAAACCAAAAUGGAAACCAAGACAAAUCAACUUCAUUUGUUGCUGAGUUCCAAAAUAAGCCAUCUGCAUAAUACAGUGCUAACGUAGUAGUCCUGUUUUAAGAACUGUAAAUCUAAAGCAUUCACUUAUAAACGAAACUUAUUUCCUAAAAUUGGAUACAGAACCUGUCUUAAAAGACAUGAGUUAUGCCUCAGUUCCUCCUACAGUGUAAUUUGGUUUUAUAUUUUUAGUUGUCUUUUGUUUGUUUUACAGAUUAAAAUCUCCAUUAACCAUGUGUGUUGUAUGGGACUGAAUCAUCUCCAUUUUUCUUUCAAAUGCAAUACUGAACUUCAUUUGCAUUUCUAAGUUUUUAAAUCAGAUUUUGACUGUGCGGUCAUAGUCAAUAAAUUGAUUAUUGAAAUUGAGCAAUGUACAGAUAAAUUUACCGCUUCCUGAGAAAAAGCUUCAUUUAUUUGAAUCCCUCCUGGUUUAAAGGCAGGAAGAUUAGCUUGCCUGGUGUCUCCUGUGAAUAAAUUGUGUGCUUUUUAAUUCAUACAUUUUUAGUUAAAUGCUUUAUUUGUUGUUUGUAUAGUUCCUGUACAACUUGCUGGUUGUUUUAAAACAUAGUGAGCAAAGAAGGACAAACUUGGGCAAAAUGCUUUCAUUGUAGUUGUGGAUCGAAUGACAUCACAGCUCCCAUUGAUUUUUAAGGUGCUAAGGUUUUACUCCAAAAUUAUAUAUUAGUUUCCCUAUUUUCUAACAUUGCAGUAGCAAGGAGAUGGUUUUCCUUUCCUUUUAUUUUUUGAUUCUUUUAUAUUUUUUUACAAGUGUAUAUAAUGGCAGAGAUCUGAAGAAUCUUGUGAUUCAUCCCAUGCGCCAAAGAGCCCUCCAUGCUAUCUUUUGAAACUAAGUAGAGGAUGAUGGCCCCAGAGUUCAGUUGUGAUCAAGGCGCACAGUUGGAGGCUGCAGUCAGUGGCUAAGGAGUCAGACCAGGUUGAGGACUCUGAACUUUCUUCUGCAGAUCAGGAGAUUACUGAUCCUGAGGCUGACAAACAACCCAUAGCACAACCUCCAGGGCCUGUAGAGCUAGAACCUGACUCACAGAUGUCUUAUUCUCACAGAUGCCUUCCGCUGAGCCUGAAAAAACAAAUGUCCCCCACAGUACCUCACCGGGCAGGAGGCUGUGUCUUCAGGCCAGAAGGUUGGCCCUUUAAGAAUCUUAAGUUCUCACCAAAAGGGGUGGAGCCUGGGAGAGAUGCAGGUGGAAGCUUUAAAUGGCUUUCAGUCUUUGUCAGAGCAAGUUGUUCACUCGGAACUCUCCAAGGUACUGCAAUCCUGACCUGCCACACACUGCAUUACCAGGACAGAGUUUCAAAAGUAGUUUGAAUCCCUUCUGUUUUUCAGGGAGAAAUGUAAAAAAAAUAUUUCCGUGUAUGCCCUAGCUCUCAGAUUUGUUGAAAGUAGAUAUUUGGAUCUUGGUUGUGAUAUUCAACAAAAACAACCCCAGCACCUACUUGAGCCCACCCUAACCCACAGUUUUUUAUAAGAACUAAUAGAAGUGAAUGAGAAAGAAAGGCAGUUCAGAGGGAAGUGAAAGAACAAGAGAAGAAAGGCUGGCAACCCAAAUGGAAGUGCAUGAUUGAAACAAAUAAAUGCACUAAGGAAAAAUGUCAGUAGUAUUCUAUUAUAAGACACUCUUCGCAUGCUGCGCUCUGGCAUUCUUUCUGUCAAUAGCAAAAGAGCUGCAAGGCCUCCAGUACUGAAGAAUUGAUCUCUUUUCCAUUCUGGAAAGCAUCUGUAAGGAUUGAAUGUUGCCCAGAGCCAAAUGCUUAAAGGAAAACAAUGAAAGUUGAUUAACACAACAUACAGCUCCUUUGGUCCAAACCUGAAAAAUACCUGGUGUUUUGGACUACCCAACAGAAUAAGCUAAAGACUAAAAAGAGACUGGGAUUGCUCUUUGUCUUUACAUUUGCCAUUUCAGAGUGGUUAUAUAGAUUGCUAGGUUACUGCUCUGAGGAAGAUGCUUGUGAUAUCAAAAGCAAUUAUGUCACAAUGAGGGAUAAAUGUGAAAUGGUAAGUGGGAGGAUAGCUACUGUCUUGAAAAGAGAAGCCACAGGUAAAUUGUGAGCUCAUUUCCCCCCCUUAUAUUGUACAAAGGCAGUCCUUCCUAAAAUAACAAUAAAAUGAAAAGAAAAGAAAAGAGUAAUUCUCUUUCACAGUAGGUGUUCUAGUUUAUUGACAAGUAAAGGAGAAUCUCUUUCAUAUGCUUUCUGUUGUGUCUGGCAAAGUGUCGAAGCUUCAUUUUGUGCAUUCAGUUAAUAGUUACAUAUCUGUGUUACUGUCAAAAGUUAAGAGCAAUUUUAGGCAAUUUGUGUGGCACCUAGGACUUGUGGGGACUAUGAUGCCAAUUUCAGUUCCUAAUUAAUUUUAUUUCAUUUUGUAAUUUUCACCUUGUUUUAGAAGUGUGAUUUAUUUAAUUUAUCCCCUUCCUUUUUAAUGUAUGCUAUCAAAUACUUCAGGAAAUGUUUGUCUGCUUCUGGCAAAAAGCUCUGAAGCCAAGUGUCCUGUGAAAGCCAAUGCUAUAUUCAUACAGAUGAAGCAGCUUACUUAACAAAAAUUGCACUUGGACUUUCAAUUCAGAUUCUGAAGUUUCCCCAAUUCCUCUUAGCAUUUCAUUUUGGGCUUCCAAUCUCAUUGCCUACUAUUACGCUUGAACAGAAGUUCUCAAACUAUGGUCUGCGAGUCACUGAGGGAGAAAGGCAAUGUCAUGCUCUUCUGAUGGUUAUGUUGGCGCAAGCAUUGUAACUUAUGAAACAGAAUAAUCCCCCUCCUCCUUCUCCUGCUGCAUGCUAUUCUGGGGAUUCUCCCAAUUCUUCCUGAGCUAAUGGGGGGUGGGGGGGGAGGGAAGUCCUUGCAUAGGGCUUUCAUGGACAAGUCUAGAAGCUUCAUCUAGGUGGUUUGAGAAUAACAUCAGUAAUAUCUUUACUUGGUCUUGCACUUGGUUAAUUUUUUUUCAACAACAGAGAUUGAGGCUGUUUUGAGUAGAGCUCAAUUUAUCUAUCAAGCAGGCUAAUGGGAUUUUGGCCUAGGGCCAUUGGUUUUCAUAGCCAGUUUUGACAAUUAUGACUAUGCCAAAUGACAAAAGUUUAUAAGUGGUCUGCUGAACGCCUAGCCAUUUUGAAGUCAUUCAUGAGGGAAGAACUAUGCCCAUGGCAGUAACUCCUUCCCUCCGUUUCCAGCAUAGACCCAAUUUGACAUUGGAGCUGAACAGUUACUAUCAAGAAAGGUGAGUCAGGCAGAAGGGAGCAGUAUUUUGGGAUGUCAGUAACACCUAAACACCUGAAAAUACUACAAAAAAGGCACAGUUCCUUCCACUACAUGACAGAAACAACUUAUGAUGCUUUGUAUGCCAGGGAAGGGGGAAAACAAAGCUGGCUGCUUCUACCUGAACAAACUAAACUGAAGAGAAGAGGUACUGACAUCUUAUGGCACAAGAAACCUACAGAUGAAUUUCUUUUAUCAGUACAUUUCCCUGAUGAGGAACUUCCAAGUGUUGUGUGCUCAAAUUUAGUUGGCACUUUAGUUCUAAAGUAGGAGUCCUGCAAGACAUUUUUACUUGUAUAGGUUAAUGGAUUGAGACAGGUUCCACCUAACUUGUAAUCUUUAGGGUGUUCAGUUCAACUGGGAAGUCUUUUCAACGUCUAAUCUCUUUUUACUGCUUCAAUUUUUCAGUGCUCUCAGCUGCCCAUAUUCUGAGAUAAAUCUGAGCAAAGAACAUAUCCUUUCAGACCGCUUAAGUGGAGAGAUGCCUCAGAGUAUUCCGCCUCUGCAUUGGAACCGGAAGCCAGAAGCAAAUGAAAGAUCUGCAUCUCCUGUAAUCAGGUAACUAUGACAGAAUUUUCCUUUAUAUGUAGCUUAUAGUGCUUGCAGACUUAGAUCAAAUGCUAACCUUUCGGCACCUGCUAAAAUCAUUGUUUAGGCAAACCUACCCAGAAUGCUUAGAAAUGCUGAUUUGAAUUUUAAUAUUUUAAUUUUCUGUAUAUUUUAAAGUAUUGCAUUUUUUCUUGAUUUGAAUCUUUUAUCUUUUUAGAGGGUUUUUUUCUUACAAUCAAAUUAUAUAUAAUUUUUAUGAACUAAAUAAUAUACAGAUUACUUUUUUCAAUUAGAGCAAAAUCAGAUAUCUGGUUAACAUUUACAUAAUUUCAAUUUUAUUUAUAAUAACACAGAAUAGUAAAUAGAUUUCAACCCCUAUUUGAAAUAUUUGUAUCAUCUCCAGGUUCGGAUCCUAUUUUCUCCCUUUGAAUGGAAGCUCCUGCCAAUCAUAGAAGGAAAUGUGCUCAUGGAGGGAUCCCUUUCCACUUAUGGAAAAACCUCUGUGAGCCCAACUGUCCUUCAUGAAUGCAGGUUUGAUUCUGGAGUUGGGGUGCAAAUAAAUCCCAAAAAGAGAUUUUCAUAUUUGUGUGUAAUUGUAUUUUCUAAAUAGGAAUCCAUCUCAAAUUGUAAAGAUCUGAAUAGCAGAUAAGGAAAUUGUAUAUGGUAUUUUCCUACUGUAUGGUGUUCAGCUUGCUAUUAAUUCUUCGGUUCUUUGAUUAAUUUUGACAUGAAUGUAGGAUUUUGAAAGCUUGUCCUUUUAUUUUAAAUCAGUAAUAGAAAAUGUCCCAGUCCCGUUGCCCUAAAAUCUUCAGCUCAUCUCCAUUCAUCAAAGCAGGAAGACACAGAGGUGAAACCUCUUUGCAAAAAGCCUCUAAUGCUUGAUGUCAAAGAAAAGAACUACAGGUAUCCUUUCAAAUAUGUUAAAAAUAAAGAAUACUCCAGCUCUGAUGCUCAUCAUCAUAGUGCCAGUAAUUGCUUUCCUGAAUUAAGUGCUUUGUUCAGGUGUCCUACUUGUUAGAUGCACCAUGUCAUAUAAAUGAUGCACUCUGUUACUGGAAGUAAGGGGAUUAGGAAUGCUUACUUGUGCUUGGCAAAUAAGUGGGUGAUUAUGAUUCAGUGAAGAGAGUGUUCCAUGCAUCAUAGCAGAUUGACACUUAAAGAUUUCUCCUUUUGGACAAAACAGUAGCAGCUGCCUCACGGUGGGUGGGUCUUUUGUACCAGGGGUCAAACUUGUAGUAUCCUGCCCAGAUAACACUAAUUCUGUGCUGAUCAACAUGAUCAGGCAUGCACAAGAGCAUAUCUGAUGCAAAUAUUCAGGUUAAGAAUAAGCAUCUCAAGCAUACUGUCUCAAGUGGUUGUUUGAGUGCUUGGUGCGUCAAGGUUGUCCUAGCUGUCAUGAGUUGAGUACUUUUUCUAUUGAACAGGGGAAGUGAAAGGUAUCUAGUUUAGAUAUAGGCCACAUUGCUUUCUUCUGUGCAGUUUCUAUAGAAACUAGAAUGCCAUAACUGAAACUAGCCCAGCAAAGCAUUGCACUAAGAAAAUACUAACUGGUGUAUGUGCGACAUACUUUUUGGAAGCAUAUUUUUAAAAACAUUGUAUUGGAAUUGAGUACAUGAUUAGAAGUAGUAGGUUCUCAUGGAACUAACUGAUGUAAUGAAUUAAAAGUUUAUCCAACUGUGUUCUUCCACUGUUUGGUUCAGCAGAAAUUGCUGUAAGUGAAAAAUGAGACAGUUUUUGCUGAUUUUUGUAUACACACCCAAACCGGGGGGGGGGCGGUUUGCUGUACAGGGUUGGGGGACCCUUUGGAACAGUGUGGCAGGUGCGCCAGGGGGCUGCAGGAGAAAGGAAGAAGCUGCAGAAACCACCUCUUCCUCCUUCCUGCUCAUGAAAGCCUCUGAUUGAUCUAAUUGCCUUUUGUAAGCAGAUCAGUACAACCCCAGUUUUUAAAGAAGUCUGUACAAAUUAUCACUGCAGUUAUAGAGCACAAUUAUAACGCAAGCACCAGCUGCUGUGCCUUUGCCUAGGGAAGAAUUAUAGCCUUAGUUUGUGUAGUGUUGACACAAAUUCUAUAUUGCCUACAUGAAUAAUUCCCAGAAAUAUUACUGUCUAUUUGCCUAUUUCUCUUUCCAUUUUGUCCUGUUUACUAUGCACCAGGCUAUCACAUUUUACCAUCUUUAAGGCUGAUCUCUCUCUUGUUCCUGUAAUUUUUUGGGCUUAAGAAACUGACAGAUCUUACAAUGACCACAAAGUCAGAUUGCAGAAAUAUUGUUACUAGUCUUGUUUUCUGUUUAGGCAAGUCUAUCAUAAGGUUACCAGAUUUUUUUCCCAAUGAAUCUGGGUAUACUUUUCAACUUCCUUUGUAAAUCCGGGGACUGUCCCCAGGAAACGGGGACAUCUGGUAACCUUAGUCUAUGAGACAUGUAGAGGCUGCUGUUUUUAUUGAUAAUUGUAUUGUGUAUUCAUUUUGUUAAAAUAAAAAACAUGAAAUAAUCUCACUGUAGCAUUAACCAAUAAUGCCAAGUGUUUCUGAAAGAUAUAAAGCAGAUAAGAGAAAUCUUCCUUUCAUGGAGAUUGUAUUCUCCAUAUUUAGAGAUACACAAGUUUUUAAUUUCCUUUUUAAAAGAAAUGUUAACUAGUAUUUUUUUUUAUCCAUAGAAAUGCAUUGACCACCUUUGCAGCAGAUACAGAUAUUUAUGGCUUUAAUUAAAAACAGGGCUUAUAUGAAGAAGGAAGAAAACAGUACUGUUAUGUUACACCACCAGAUGCUUGUGGGGGAAAGGAUCUUUGCCUAAAGACCAUAGUGUGGUGUCUGUUGUCUUGCUACAGUACAAUGGGAUACCCCAAAUAUAACACUUAACAUAUCAUUUUCACAACAGCCCUAUUAUUAAGUGGCUGCUGAUAACAUGUGAACAGGGACAAUGCACUCUGUUCAGAAAAGUUAAUUACAUGCAGUUGAUAUUUCACAGUAGUGUUUAGGUUACUGAAGCUUUCAAUUUAAUUAAGAACCAAUUAAAUCCCCAGAAACCUAGAUCAAAUUAUUUUUCUGUAAUUAGAAUAGCCAAACACUUACUUUUCAAUAUGAGCAUCUCCAUAUCAAGAAGAACAAAACAACCAGAAACAAACACACAGUUUUCCGUGAUUAUUAAUGGAAUUCUGUAUAUCAGCGAGAGGAGCUGUUGCAGAAAAAAAUCUGUUGAUAUGUUCAUUUCCAAACAUCAUUAUGUUAUUUCAAGCUUCAUUACAUCACUCACUGCAGUUUCUUUGUCACUUUUACUAUUUACUCUCCUACUGUAAUAUUUUCUCUGGACAAAAUGCAUGUAUUGUGGCACUCUUCCCCCAUCGCAACCAUGCAGGAUACGUGUUGGACAGACAAGACUCCUUCACCUCCAGACUAUUUUCAUCAACAUGUCUGUGUGACGUAUUUUGUGUCAAAUCUGUCUGCUUUUGUGAAAUGCCCAGACCAGCAGCGAAACAGGAAAAUCUUAGGCACAACCUCCCCCCACCAUAAAAUUUUGUUUAAUUGUUAAAAAAACCAACAACCCUCAAAGUGGUUUACAACCUUGCACACAUUAAAAAGAAUCCCAUUUUAAUCACGGGGUUCUUUAAGGGUGCUACUGCCCUGUGGUGAGUUUUUCCAUGCUAAUGGCGAAUGUGUGUGAACCACUAUUCCGUUUUGCAUAUUCUUUAUUGUGAAUUAAUUCUUUCACCGCAUCCUGUAGCACUGAAUUAAAUUAUAAGGAUAGAUGGGACAGUGCUUCACCGCUGAUAAAUGUAGUUGUACGCUAUUCAUGGCAGUUGUUUGUUGUUUUAAUUGAAUUGCGUUUUGCCCAGACCUUAUUAGUUAUUUUCUGUGGCUGCCUGCAUUGCAUCAUGCUCCAGGAUGUCCCCCUCCAGUAAUGCACUUCUAUAUAAGCCAUUUACUUUUCCAUGUUAAAAUAGCAGGCAGGUGUUAUGUGACAGAUGACAAAGGAAAUACUCAUAAAAGUGACUUCCAUUUCUGUCAACUUUCUAUAAAAAGUUAAUCGCCUAGGAUAGCUACUGAAGAUAAUAGAGAAUUGUCGGUUAUUUUCUGUGUUUCAGCAUCGAUUAAUCCAGCAAUUACACUCUGGUUGCUUCCUUCUGUAGAAUUUCUUAAAUUAAAGCUGAGGCAAAGAUCUCCCUCCCUGGUACAUUUUAUCCUCCCAACAACCCUGCCAGAUGGUUGGUUGGCUUCAUUCUGUCUCAGGAGACAAUGGAAACCCCUGUCAGAACAUAUAUGGGUCUCCAUUUCUUGUAGAAUAUUCCAUGCAAAGGUGACAGGAAUGGUUUGUUGUACUCUGUAGCAUCUUGCAAAUUAAUUGAUUUAUUUAUUUAAUCAAUUAAUUAGGGGAUGCCAGGCAACUAAGGAUUUUGCAAAGAAAGAUGGCUGCGCAGGCAGGAAGAUGGAAAAUGAAGAGUCAUCUCUAAAUGAAUCCAAAGGUACUAUCUCAUGUUAUACCUGCCAGUGUACAGGAUUUUUUGAAUGCCACAAAUUAAUGGUUUAAGCCAGUGUUUCCCAACCUUUGGUCUCCAGCUGUUUCAGACUACAAUUCCCAUAAUGCCUGACCACUGGUCUUGCUAGCUAGGGAUGAUGGGAGUUGUAGUCCAAAAACAGCUGGAGACCAAAGGUUGGGAAACACUGGUUUAAGCUCACAUUUAUGAAUUAUGUCACCGGUCGCCAUGGCCAAUCAGAUCUGAACCAAAUAAUUCAGCCUGCAGUUUUAAAACUUGCUUGUAUUUUUGUUUGUUUGUUUCCUUUUAUUUACAGACAACAAGGAAUCCAAUAACAGGAGUUCCCAUCCUCAGCCAGUUAUUUUGACCUCAAAGUUGACAAUCCCAGCCUUUCCAUUGCGAUGGGAACAGCAGAGUAAACUCCUUCCUACUGUGGCUGGAAUCCCUGCCAGUAAAGUUUCCAAGUGGAGCACAGAUGAGGUGUGUUCCCAGUGCAAUUCUUGCUGGACAUGAACUGAAACAGACUUCACUUGAUCAUGUCGUCUUUGUGGCUUAUAGCUCUAUUUUGUACAGAACACAAUAUUGUACAGUCAUACCUCGGGUUACAGAUGCUUCAGGUUGCGUUUUUUCAGGUUACAGACCGCCGAAACCCGGAAGCUUUGCACAUGCGCAGAAACGCCGAAUCGCAACCCAUGCGUGCGCAGACGCGCAGCUGCAUGUUGCGAACGCUGUGGGUUGUGAAUGUGCAUCCCGCAUGGAUCACGUUCGCAACCCGAGCGUCCACUGUAUAGUUUAUUGCUUAUUUGUUUAUUGCUGAUUAUGUAUUUAUUUUUAAUGUAACGUGGUUCCUUUUAAGUUUAGUAAGCUAUUUGAGGGUUUUUUUUUAAGUAGGAUAAUAGUAAAUAAUAGGUGAAUCCUAAAAAAAACCCUAUUCUGAUGUAGCAUAUAAUAGAUCAAUCCUAAAAACUAUGCUCAUGUAGCUCUGUUACAUAAAAUAAACCUUUCUGUCUUUAUCAGAAAGUGGACUGUAUCUAAACUCCUUUAAGAGGAAUCAUACUUUAAAGACAGCUUGUUUUGCCUUACGGCAAAGGCAGAUGGUUCUUAUAACCAAUGCAGAUGGUGACUUUGUGCUUUCCUCCUGAUUUUGUUCUUCUGGCUAUACUGAGUUCCAAUUUAUUGUAGAGCUUCAUUUUUCUAAAAUACUCGCUUAGGGCAGUGUUAGAACAGAUCAUAGGGAAAAGAAGAAGGGUCGUCUUAAGGGCACAGAUGGGAAACCUGCAGCCCUCCAGAUAUUGUUGGAUUCUUUAACUUCCCAUCAUUGCUCACCACCACCUGAUUCUACCCCACCUUCUUCUAAGCUACAGACCUCGAUUACAUAAACAGAGGCUACAUAGGCAAAAUUGGAAAGAGUGAAGGCCACCUCCUGUGGUGGGGAGCUUCAUUAUAUUAAAAUCAGCUGGAAUAAAGACAUGUAGUGAUUAGAUCCAGUUUUUUUGCGAGGAAGCCACUGGGAGCACUCCCCAAUCUCUCAGUUAUCUUUGGCCAUUGUAGCAUCUUUUUCUCUUCCUCCAUACAAAUGAGUGAAUGCCAUGCUAAUGGAGCUCUUGUGUGAGGGUGGGAAAAAGGGGGUCAAUGUUUCUAAACCCCAGGGCCAUUUUAAAAAAAAAAAUUAUCCAAGUUUUUCUAAUAUUUUUCAGAACUGUGUUAAUUUCCAAGCUAAUGGGGCUGGGGCCUUCAAGGAAUGUGCUUGUUGUUAAUUGCUAGACAAGAUCACAGUAUUUUUUUGCACCCUCCUGUGGAUAAACAUCCAUUGAUUUUAUGUGUUGUUAAAAUUCAGGUGUCAGAAUUCAUACGGAGUUUGCCAGGCUGUGAGGAACAUGGCAAGGUGUUCAAAGACGAAGUGAGUAUAACAAAUCUGUUGUUUCUCUGAUCAAGAAUUAUUAUUUAAAUGCAUAAAGGAGGCCAAAUACUGGUUUAGGGCAUAUUCCUGAAGACGUUAUUUGAUCCUGGUUUCAACUGAAAUCAGAUUUGUUUUCUGAGAGCCAGCUAAAGCCAUUGUAACACUGGUACCUUGGUUUUCAAACGUAAUCUGUUCCGGAAGACCGUUCGAGUUCGGAAAUGUUCGAAAACCAAGGUGCAAAGUGUGGUCUGCAAAUUUAAUAGAGAAAAUUGAGAAAAACACAGUGGUACCUCAGUGGAAGCCGUUCGACUUCUGAGGUGUGUUCAAAAACAGAAGCAUUUACUUGUGGGUUUACGGUGUUCGAAAACCAAGGUACCACUGUAUCUUAAAUUAUUAUUAAAAUUUAGAGUUCUUCCUAAAUGUCUAAAGUUACUAAUAAUGGAAAUUUUCUCCUUUUUUUUCAAGCAAAUUGAUGGAGAAGCUUUCCUUCUAAUGACCCAAACAGAUAUAGUAAAAAUAAUGAGCAUUAAGCUAGGACCAGCCCUAAAGAUCUUCAACUCAAUCCUGAUGUUCAAGGCUGCCGAUAAGAACUCGCACAAUGAACUCUGAUGGAAAAGUGACUACAGGGCAGCUCUCUCCAUUGCAGCUCAUGUUUUAUUCAAAGCACAAAGACUCCAAAGGAUCAUCAAGGAGGAACUCUCCAAGGCGAAAAGUCAGAGUGGAUGGAGUGUUGAUUUUCUCCAAGAGCCUGAGCAAACUAACACUUCUGGGAAGUGCUUAAGCUUUUUAGUAAGAUGCUCUUACAAAAGAGUGGGUACUUAAUGUUUACUGGCUGAUGGCUCUGAUUUUCCCACAACUAGCCAUCCUUAAUUUUAUCGGGGAUCCAUCAACUAAGUUAACAUAUUAAAAUUAUGGAAAUAUUAUCCUUUUCUAAGGAGACACAAAAUACACACUUCAUGAAUUUACUUCUUCACCAAUGAAUUCCUUUGUAUCGUUUCAUCAUUUUCAUAAAAAAAAAAUUGUUCGCAGUUUAAAAUAAGUGGACUACAGUUAAUGAAGACUGUUAACAAGUCAUCUUAGUUUCACACAGCAGCUCAAAUUUAAUACUUUGCUGUGUACAAUGAAGCUGAUUGAUUUAUUCUGUUGUAUGAAAACAUUGCUGGAGACCAAUGCUAUGUUUUUUUGUUUUUGUUUUUUUGCAUGAUUAAAGAAGUUUAAUGAAUAUUUCCACCAGCAUAUUUAGUAUUAAGUUAUUAAAACAAGAACUAACCAACAAAAGUAAAAUUCAGGAUUUAUAUAAUUGUUUUAUGCUGCAUUAUAAUAUCUGGUCCACAAAUCUAAGACGAAAGAUAGAAAUUAAAUUCUACAACUAAAAUCUCCAAUUCCUUGGGGAAUUUAAAAAUCUAUUUGAGCAGGAAUAAUGCAUUACCCUCAGUAAUUUAAAGAUAGCAAGAGAUAGGACAAGAGAUAGGGAAAAGCCCAAGCAGACAGUCAAGUAAAAUUUAUGUUACAGCUAAAAGGAUUUUUUCACUUGUAAAAGUCCAGUUGUCUUGUGACUUGCGCUUGCGGCACAAGAGAAAAGAAACACGAAGCAGGGGUGUUAUGAAUUAGAUUGCAUUGUUCCAACAAGCCACAAUACGUACUCAAGGUUUGUUGUUGGCUUACUGACUGAUUUAUUGGAGCAUAAGAAACCAUUGGAUGUAAUGCUAAGUCAGGGGUCAUGGCUCUCUUCUUUUGUGUGCUAGCACACAGACUAGAUACAGACUAGAAAGGCCCCUUCGUGAUAAACCAGAGUAAUAGUUUACUCUGAUGUGCAAAUGAGACUACUGAGUGUGCUUUAGAAGUGUAGAAUUUGGUACUGGAGCCCGUUAAUAUCUGUUAACAGAGUGUUAAUAGAGAGAGAGUAUUUCUAACCUCCACGCUUCAACAAGUGAGCAGUGUGGUAUUCUCACAAGCUAAGAGAGUGGAAAGAGAAGUUUUGCUAUGGUUCAGUCCUCUGGUAACAUCUGUAAACAACUAGAUGAUGGGGUUACUCACAUUGCCACAUGGCUGGCUAAAUUAGUGUGGGAAGUAAGUAUGUCAUUUUUCACACAUGGUAUAUAUUUUCAUGUUAGCUAGAUAGGCAAGGGAUCAUCUCACGUUGUACAUGCGCUAUCGUUCUCUUACUUUUAUACUUCCCUUACUUCUAUACUAUACUUCUAUACUUCUAGAAAUAAAAGUGGUUCCAAUGGCUUGGGCAACAUGAACCUCC